AUGAACAGGGGCGCCGCUUCGUGCCCUUCGUCCGUCCCCGGCGGCAGCGGCCACGGAGAGUGCCGGAGGGUCUGUAGCAACUGCCGGAAAGUGCUGAGGCAGGUGGGUGUACGUCGACCCCCGUCACGUUCCUCACACAAACACACAUACACCCCUCCGCGCGUGCGCGCGGUGCUGUGGAACGUUGGGGAGCAGCGCGCGCGGGGAUCGGGCGGUUGGGGGGGGGGGGAGCCCGAUCGGAGGAGGCGACUUCUGCCCGAAGGCGCUCGGAGAUGCUGCUCGCCUCUCCCGAUUGUAGACCGUUGGGCUGCUGCGCUCGGGCCACGCCCCCUCGGCCAACUCUUAUAAGGGGGGGGGAGGCGCGCGCCCCGCUGAAGUGGUGGGGGGGGUGGCUCUUUCACCUUCGCGUAGGGCUGCUUGUGUACGUGUGUCAGUCAGUCAGGGUUAUCCUAAAGCAUAUAUUAUAAUGAGGCGUUAUAUGUGUGUAAGUGUGAAAUCUAGUGUGCCUGUGAGGUACGUUGGUAGCUCGUGUUCUCCUCAAGAGUAGACCCACUGAAGUCCCAUGGGCAUGGCUGACUUAGGUCUGCUGGUUUCGGUGGGUCUGCUCUGGGGAGCAGUUAACUGGAAUACAAAACUGUAGCCCUCCUCAGAGUAGACCUACUGAAGGCUCAUGGGCAUGGCUGACAUGGGUCACCUGGUUUCAGUGGCUCUACUUGUGAGUAGAACUUGGACAGCGAGGGGUUGCCUGCAACUAACUUCUAGGACCCUCAGAAAUGAAUGUACUGUAUCCAGAUUAGCAAUGUCCAUUAAUUUCAGUGGGUCUGCUCUGAGGAGGACUUAGCUGGGAUACAACGCAAUAGCCCUCCUCAGAGUAGACCCACUGAAGUCCCAUGGGCAAGGCUGACUUGGAUCCCUUGGCUUCAGUGGCUCUACUUGUGAGUAGAUAGAACUUGGACAGCUGGUGUUGUCUGCAACUAACUUCUAGGACCCUCAGAAAGGAAUGUAUCCAGGUUAGCCAUGCCCAUUAAUUUCGGCGGGUCUGCUCUGAGCAGGACUUAAUUUGGAUACAACCCUAUCUCUAAAAUACAUAUGUAUAUAUCAAGAUUGCAGUUUGUGUGUUUUCCUAUCCAGUAGUAAAGUUGUAUAAAAUAGGUAUGAUUUGCAUAGUACAGCUGUGUAAAAAUAAUAAGAACCAUAUCCAGCUGGAUGUAGACUUAACUGCAAUCCUAACCGUUUUUUUGCUCACAAGUAAGUUGUGCUGGUCCCAGUGGGGCUUGCUCACAGGUAAGUGGGGUUGGGACUGCAGCCUUAAGUUAGCCAUGCAGUAGCCCCAUUGCAGUCCAUGGGACAACUGACAGUCCUGUCACCACAUUUACUUGGGACUAAGCCCUGUUGAGCUCAAUAGGACUUACUUCUAAGUAGAUGUGAUGUGGUUGGGCUUGUGCUGUUAAUUACGACUAAGAAAAAUCCAAUCAUUUUUAAUGAGGGUAAAGCGUGGCUAAAUUAGUCUGGAGCCAGCCCAUUAUUUUUAUAUUACAAAGUGUAUUGGGCUGGCUGCUUUUAAGUGCUAGUUAUAUUAAGGCUAUUUGGUUGUUUUAAAAAGUUUUAAAACUGUGUUCUUUUGUUUAUAAUGUAAGGUUGUUUAUAAUUGCAUAGUAAAGUAGGAUAAUACUGUACAUAUUGUAUGUAUAUAUUGUAUAUUAAAAUUGCAUAAAAUAUGCAUAUUAUCAUUUUAAUACAAUGUAUGCAUAAUUUAUUAUUUGUUCAUGUGCUUUUAGUGUGACUUGUUCUUGAAAGGUGCUCAGUGUGGUUACAGUUGGUACUGAACCACUUAAACAAAAGCAUAAUAAUAAUAAUAAUAAUAAUAGCAAUUGAUAAAAUUGUAUACAGCCUGGCAACAUCAAAAAAUAGCCGAUCAUGUUGUCAAUAAAAGAAAAAGGGGUGGUUUGGUGGUGGAUUGUUUUCACAUACCAUCUAAAUGAAUAUAGUGCAAUAGGGUGUGUGUCUUUGUGUUUGUGUAUAGAAUAUGGGUGACAUCUGAUUUAUACAAUUGCCCAUUGAGUUUUUAAUGGGUCUCCUCUAAGUAUAACAAAUACAAAUUUGCAUGUUUACUUGAAAAUAAAGCUUCACUGAGAUCAGUAGGCCUUACUUUCCAGAUAAGAAAGUAUAGAAUUCCAGCCCUGGGGAAUGUUGUCUUCUGUUUGUAAUCAUUGUACUGAAGAAAAAGAAGGUUCAGUGGGAUAUGUCAGAAAAUAUUUACCAGUAAAUCUCAGAGCUAACCUAAUUGCCUUAAUUAGGUUAUAAUAUGCCUAUAUAUUUCCAUUGCUUAGAAGUAAAUGAUGUGCUAAUGCUAAAAACUCAGGUUAAUGACUUGCACAUUUCUGACAUUUACUGUGGGCAGUCCUCCAAAAAUCUUAAGAAUUGCUAGUAAAUGCUAACAUUCACUAAGUCUGACACUUACUGUAAUAAGUGUAUACUUUUCUUUCUCUGUGUGAUCCUGUUAAAACAAGUACCUUUAAACAGUAUGGUAAAGAUAAUCACCUUUAAACAGUGUGAUCCUGGGUGGGCAGGGCUGAAAGGAAGGGAACUGAAGGCAGUUCAUCUACCUCCUGGGUUCUCCAGUGCCCUGAGAACAGAGGACGGCUCUUGCUCACCUUUGUCCUUUUCUGUUUUUUCUACAUCCCCCAAAACCAUUCACCUCCCAUGGGAAAUAAAGGGAAUGAAAUUCACUGUUGUAUGUGUGCUCCUGGUUUGGAGGUGUGCCAGGGGAAUGGGAAGGCGUUGGAUCUUUUGGAUCCAAGCACACCCUUGGCAUGCCCACCCCCUUUUUUUGCUCUGCUGAGAUCAGUUCUGACAACAAUAGAGGAAGGGCUGUGGAAGGUUCCAUAGCAAUGGCGAGGUGGGAUCCAACACUGGAUCUCCCUCUCCAAGGUUGAGGAGUUUUCUUUCUGUCCUUAUAAAGGGUGCUGCAAUGAUUCCUAUGGCCCCUGGGAUAUCCUUCCCAGGGUUUCAUUGUCUAGUGAAAUCAGUUAAAGGGGCUUGACUUUGGCAGGGUUGUGCUCUCUGUACUUGAUGUGGUAUGUGUCUGUAUGAAAUUCUUAUUUUGCUGUACCUUUGCCUUCUGUAUCACUACUUCACUUAUCCAUUGGAAUUUUUAAAAUAUGUCUUGUCCCUGAAGUCUCAAGACCUUCAAAAGAAUAAGAACAAACACUGUCUUAAAUCCUAUAUUUGAUUUGUGCACCCUCUUUCCAAAGGCGAGAGGAAGCUAGAAUGUGGCUGAAGCUCAGUGGUAGAGCAUCUACUUGUCCCAGGUUCAAUCCCAGGUGUCUGCAGGUACGGUUAGGAGAGACUCAUGUCUGGAAUUCUAGGGAGCCGCUACUGGUCAGUGUUGACAAAACUGAGCUAGAUGGAUCUGACGGUCUGACUCAGCAAAAGGCAGCUUCCUACACCCCCUCCCUUUUCAUAGCUCCAGGUUGAGCUUCCUCCUGCCACCCAGAAGAUGCUCAAAAAAAUCCCACUUUAAUAUCAAGUGUAGCAUGCAUGUACUUUAAAGACAAAUAUUUAUAUGUAGGUGUUCUCAUGUGUUUCUAGUUUCUCUCCUGCUUUUUGCUUAAUCUUAAUUGAGAGGUCUUGUUUUACUUCUAGAACAAAUUCAGGUUUUGGCUGUGGUGUAACUUUGUGGGAGGCUGCAAAACUGAUGCGUGACUAUUGAGAUGAUUUCUCCUUGCAUUACUGCCCAUCAAAAUAUUUAAUGCCUAAGCUUAUGAUGUUGACUGAGGACUGGAGUAAAUUGAAGGAGUGGAUAAUGGUGGUAUAGUUGAUGGUAAGGUCAGACUGACUGAGUGGUUUAUCCUCCUGGAUAUUGUUAUCAGCGCAAAGCCUAUGGGAUAGUUUGCAGAAUAAAUAUAAAUUUUAUUUGUGCCGUAGACUUGACAGUCUAACUCAAAUUGCUCCCCUCUUUAUUUAUGACAGCUCUGUCCCUUCUAGUUAAAAAAAAGUGAGGGGGGGAUCUUGCAAUUAAAUGACCUAACUUAGUCAUGCUCGUUUUUUCAGUGGGUCUGCUGGGUGUAAAACUUAGCUAUCAUAGUCUCCCCCCCCCCUUACCAUGGAAAUAGGAUCUUUGCCCCAAGUAAUCAUUGAGCCAGACUAGAACCCUUUUUGGGGGGUUGGGGGAUAGAUUGUAACUAGACACAUAUAUCAGACAGACACUGAAUAUGCUUCAUCCUGUAAGAUUGCAGCCAAUACCAAUGAUGUCACUAAGCAAACCAGGGUUUUCAUUGGUUUCAGUGUUGUCAGACUAGAAUGCAGAGAAUACCCUCCAGCCUUAAUGUAUGAUUGAAGCAGAAACCUCCUACCUUCUAACUAUUUCUCCCUUUUGUAUUGAUAUUGAUUCCUGUUGGUUUUGCCUCUGCAACUAAGCCUCAGUUCUGCAUAUAAUAUCUUAUUGAAGACAUGCUGCAGGAGAGAGAGAAAGAGAGAUGGACUACAUCUCAUCUUCCUUAUCUCCACCCACAUCUGACACACAUUUUUGCAAGGAGCACUGCCCUCUUCAUAACCUUGACUUCAGUGUGUGGGUCUGCUAUGAGGGUGAAGAAAGAGAAGGGGAAGGAAACUUUUAUCUUUUGAACUGUAUUCUCUCUGUAUAUGUAGAGUAUGUCAAAAUAAAUGCCUCCCAACUCUAUGUAAUCUCCCUGCUCUUUUUUAUGCUUACACUUUCUGUAGCAGCUAUAUCUGUAUUGUGUGUCUGAUUUUAGAUUUUGUCUCCAUGACAAAUCUCUUAUUAUUAGAUCCCCCUCCCCUUUCUGUAUAUGAACAUCAUGUCUGUGUGUGUACUCAGAAAAUCUGGCUUUCUUGGAAGCUUAUUGGGGGUUCCUCAGUAAAAUUACUACAGUAAUGCCAAGCAAAAUUCUCUAGAAGAUAUCUUGCCCACAUCUUCUGUUGAGUGCUGGGUAUGUUUUACUGGCAGGGUUUUUCAAACAUGGGAUUCCCCUUCUAACUGCUCUCUUCCUCCUGCCUUCUACCAGUAGGCAUCUCUUUGGUAAGUGAAUGAAUGGGGGCUCCUUGCACACAGCUACAUGCAUGCAGUAGACCGGAGCAGUACUCCAACCCUGGCAUUAGAAGAGGGCAUUUCAAGCUUCCUUGUGAAUCCAGCCAGCCAGGGUACAAAACAGGAGUGGGAAGAACACCUUUGACUAGAAGCUCCCAUGUGCUGCCUGCUUCUCUGCAGCUGCCAUACUUAGCAAUUUGAGGGCUGCAAGCUAAUCCUCUGUUGCUGGGUGUGAAGCAUCUUUGGCCCUACUUGCUGCAAGAUUAGCUCCCUGCCUAGAACUUUGCAGUUCCUUCACCUCAGUGUCUAUGUCUCUUCCCUUUAUGGAGGGAGGACUGUACUGUGGCACAGUGUGCAUUUAUACUGGCCAAGUGGCACCCAGCAAGGGAUAGGGGAGAAAUUCUGUUUGCAUUUUAAUGCAAAACUUCCUUAUUUGUACUUCCCACACCCCUCCCAAAUGUGAAUCCAAAUGAAGCUAUCCUUCAAAAUGUGCACUUUUCUGAAUUUUGCAAUUCAGUUUUCCAAUCAGAUAAUGUGCACAAAAGCAUGUGCAUAAAAUGUAUAUAUUGGUGAAAAUAACAUAAAAUAUGUUGGGGUGUAUUAGGGAACAAAAUUACAAGCAGAAAUGUAUAUAUUAGGAGAAACGUACAAUAAAAUGCUGACAAAUUAUUGUGAUGACUUUUUUUAUUAAGGCGGCUUGGUCAGGAUUCCAUACAUUUCAUGUAAGGUCCCAGAAUACCAAGUGAUGUGUGGAGAUUUUGACAUGGAUAUUAUUCAGCAGAUUAAUUGAUGCACUAAGGGUUACUGGAUGAUGGAAAAAAGUGGUAUGUGAAAGAUACAAUACCCCAAUUCUUUGCAGUUUUAAAAUUAUGUAAUAAUGUGCUCAAAAGAGGACCAAAUCCUGCUGGUCACAUAAUCUGAUGCUAGAAUCAUGAAUCAUUGUCUGUAGGAAGGCUCCCUUGUUAGUGAGAAUCUUGAUUCCUAGUAUGAAUUCCUUAAAAUGCAGUUUUUAAAAAAAUGGUGUAUGGAUGCUGUUCAGAUGUAAUAAGUAAUAUAAACAUGGCUGUUUUUGCCUGUAUAAGGAUGUUGUAGAAAGUAAUAUUUCUAGAGUGAACUCCUACUUUACCUGGGAAGUUGUGUGUUUGGGGUGAUGAAUGAGUAUAUUUUCAUCCUUGGAUCCCUUUUUUAAGGAAUAGUUUAACUAUUUUGUACUGUUGAGGUGAUUUCUGAUUUAUUGAGAUGUGGGUAAGUAAAUUCCUAUGACAACACCUCUCUGAUACUUGAUCUCUGUGUCAUGUACAUUCUGUUUAAAAAGAUCAAUAUUUAUUAUAGGCUGCCAUUCAGGUGUUAAACCCUUCCCCAAGCUUCCUACAACAUAUUAAAAGCAUAAAAUUCAUAAUGUGAUUAUAAACUGUGAAACCACACAAUCCGUAAAACACUAAAACAACUAAAAAUAUUAUAGCAACAGCAAUAAACAGUAUAAAAAAACAAGUGGCACAGCAUAAAGAGUUUUAAAAGAACAACAGCUGUGAAAUACAAAACAGCUAAAAUAGCAAGUGAAAGCAUUUUGCAACAAAAAAGUCUUCAGGCUGUUUUACAAGCCAUCAACAUAGGGGCCAUAUGAAUAUGCCUAGGGAAGGGGUUCUGUUAACAUAGGACCGCCUCUGAAUCAGUGGUACAGUUAGCAUCCUGAUAAUAUCAUUCCUCUCUUUCUUGAGGUGUGGUUCCUAGCCCUCAUGGCUGUGAAUAAGAGGUUAAAAAUAAGCUGACUGUGUUUGGAAAAUAAGCCAAGAAUUGAAUAGAGGCCAGUUGGCUACCUGUUACUCCCCCUCCCGCUUUUCUGUGUGUAUCCAAACUGAAUGAUGCCUCCUCCCUUUUCCUACGUGCCUUGCUUCUGCAGUCUUCGUUACCACUGUAUGAGUAGUCAACAACAUGCUCCUUUGCCUAAAAGGGGAAAAAAGUAUUUGAAAACCUUCAAAGCCAAUGCAAUCAGGCAAAUUAAGUUAGUUUCCUUAUUUUGAUGGGGGGGGGGGAAUGGAGGUUGACUAAUGAUUUGGGUGAAGGUCACGCACAGCUACUUUUCCUUACCCUCUUGUGGCAAAGUUAUCCGUGCAUCUCUUGUCACAGUUUAUUUCAUUACACAGUUUAUUUUAUUACAUUUUUAUCAUGCUUUCUACCCCUGAGGAAGAUUUGAAUUGACCCUAAAUGCAUAUAAAAUUCAUAAAAAGAUGAAAAAAGAGUUUAAUAUAAAUGCUGGAAUCUUAGCAGGAGCGUUAAUAAUGCUAGUCUUUUUGUCAUUAAAUAAUAAAAUAAUUUAAAUGGUUUUCAGAAGGCAGAUGAAGACCUUUCCUCAUAGGAAAGCUCUUCUGAGAAGAAAUGUGCCAUACUUUAGAAGGCCCUGCUGCCAGUGGAUACUGGCCUUACUUCAGAUGGAAGUGUUUCCUGGAACAAGACCAAAGUGACUGAAGAAUGAGAAGGGGUCAAUAUGGGGAAAAGCAUUCCCUGAACUAGUUUUAGGCUUAGGCCAUUUAGUUUUAAGUGAAAGAGCCAGCAACAUCUAGAAAACAUGUUUUUUUAUUUUCUUAAGACUGUACCUGAAAGUGGAAUUAGGUGUUGCAGUGAAGAUGAGGCUGCUGCUGAAGACAGUAGUUGCAUGUUGAAUUUCCCACCACCUUCCAUAAUAACAGCUAAUUCAAUUCUCCAUGUGUGCUGACAUCCUUAUGAAGAAGUGUGUUGCAUUGCCCCUGCCAGUAAUGGCAAGUGAUAUGGAGGGGGGUGGGUUAAAACACUUCGUAAAAGUUGGGACACAUGGCUAGUGGGUUGAAGGGAUCUGGUCCUGGCUUGUUAAAUGACAUUAAACCAGAUUUCCCUGGUUCAGUCAGAAUGCGGAAUAAUGCAAACCAUAAACUAAACUCCAAAGUGAUGUACAAGGAGAGGGGAGGCCUUUGACUGCAUUUGAUUGCAAUGCUUGUUUACCACAUCAAAACCUUGGUUUAUGGAGCCCCAAGCCAAACCAGACACAUCUGCCACUAUUUCUAACAAUACUAGCUAUCCAGCAAGCCACCCUUCAGGAAUAUUCUGAUUGGUUUGCCUCCACUCUGUACAUCUGAUUAACUGAGUUGCCUCUUGUUUGUCCAGCGCAAAUGAAUUAAAACUGCUGAGCUGGGCAAAUCUAUCAGCUUGGAGCAACUAAGGCAAAUGCGCUGUGUAUGUGUAUGUUUGGCAGCCUCUUUCUAAUUAUAUCUUUGUACCAGGAUUUUUUCUUGUAAAUAUAAAGAAAGCAUGUAAGUCAUUGCGCUCAGAUAUUUGCACUCUUUGUCCCAAAGCUGUUUUUCUUUUUCUUUUUUUCUUGCUCUGUGGGUCAGGCCAAGUGCCAAUCAAAGUUGUUUUUCAAGCCAUGCAGUGAAAUUGUAGAACAGCUCCGCCCCCCCCCCCCCCCGCCCUGCUGUCUUCCAAAGAAGGGUUUGGCUUUUGGAGAACUGGUGUGGGGGAGGGCUGGGUAGGAUAAUACACACUUAAAAAAAAAAGUUGACUGUCUGUAGGCUUAUAAAAAUGUGUUUUGUGCUAACAAAUGUGUAUGUUUGGUACGUGCAUUUAUUUAUCCCUCUCCUCCCCCUCAUCUAAGCUCUUGGAUCAUAUUAUACAUCAUACUUGAUGUUUCUUCCUGCUUUCUAAUCUGUGAGAAGUUUCAUGGAUUUGAGAAGCACAGAGCAAUACCAUUGGAUUUAACUGUUGCAUUUCUGGGCCAGGUGUUCCUGUUGGGUGAGUUCUCCCCAUCACUCUCAACCUUGUGUCCCCAGGUGUCGUUGGACUCCCAGCAUCCCUAGCUAGCAUGGCCACUGGUCAAGGAUAAUGGGAGUUGAGAAAGGCUGCUCCAGAGUAUUGUGGUUCAUAUUAGUUCUGCUCCGUCCCCAAACAUGGGUUUUGCAAGAGGGUGGAAAUAAGCUGUGAGCCAGGGAAAGUCUUGCAUACUAGCUAGAUGGUCUUAUGAAGGCCCACCCUUAUUAUAGCCCUGUCCCAAGCUGUACUUUGGGAAAUAGAGUGUUGCGUUAAUUUGCAGGAUUGUUCUACAGAUCACAGAGUUAAUGGGAACAAAGUGAUCUCAAAACUCCCAAGGCAAUAUAUGUUUUAUAAAUAGUGGUGUUACUUGAUGUGAUCAAACCCGUCCUGGUAUAUUGUCAUCUAUUUUUGUGGGCAUUUCUAAGUCACGUCCACACCAUGUAUUAAAGCACAUGGCAUUCCCCAAAUAAUCAUGGGAACUGUGGUUUGUUAAGGGUGCUGGGAAUUGUAGGCCUGUGGGGAUAAACUGCAGUUUCCAGGAUUCUUUGGGGAAAGCUGUGACUGUUAAAGGGGUAUGAAUGCACUUUCAUACUGGUUUAUAAAUGCCACGGUUCCAGAUUGAAGACUCCUUGGAUGUGGAGUGCUGUGAAGUGUUGAGGCUAUUCUUAGCACAGAAUUCCCAGAACCUUCACAAAAACCAUAAUUCCUCAGGGAUCUUUCUCGGAAGUCUUUUUUGUGAAAUUGGUUCUAAACUGCUUUAAGAUGUGAAGUAUAGAUGUGGUGGUCCUGUUUGUCAGACUUGGCUGGAAGCCCUGAGUAUGUUUGCUUAAGAGUAAACCUCAUUAAACUCAGUAGGAUUGGCUUCUCUGUAAACAUACAUAAGGUAGGUUUGCACAUAUUGGCCAACUUUAUAGUUGCAUAGUGAGAGCUUGCUUUUCAUGUUUCAUUUCUCAGCUUCUCACUAAGUAACCUGCAGGCCACAUUGGGCUUUCUGAAGUCUCUGCAUCUUUGUUACUCCCUAAGCCAUCAGUCCAGUCUGGGCUGUCAAGUUUUCUUGGGAUGCACUGAAGAUCUAGAAAAAUCAUACAUGUAUGAAUGGGGCAGUAACAGCUAGUGUGAGCAUCAGUUGCAGGGAGCGACUGUUUUAGACACGUCCGAUAUGUGUGUGACCGUGCUGAACCUGAAAGUGACCCAAAGAGUCACAGAAAGGGGCGGAACGGGGUGUUUGCUGGCAUUUUCAAUUGUGUUUCAAAUAUACAUGGUACUUUGGAAUGUAACCCCUGUGUAAAUUGGGGGUUGUCUCUACAUACAAGUUCCAUGCCCCAUCCCUGCACGUAGAAGGGUUAAAGUCAUCUCCCAUUGGGUGAUGCAUUGUGAGUUCAGGUUCCCAUGGGGAACUUGAUCCCACAGCUGAUCCCUGCAGAAAGCAGCUAUGUCAGCCGUAUGCUUGGGAGCUGAGAAGUGCUGACCACAGGGCUUGCAAAGCACUUUGCACAGUGCUUCCCAAAUUCCUGACAACCAGCUGGUUGCCAGGCGUUUGGGAGUUGCUGAGCAAGGCCAGUGCUCAGAGCUUCUGAAGUGCUGGGCGUAGGUCUGUCGAACCCCCUUGCUCUGUGGUUCACAAUGUUGUCGGGAGCUUGGAAGCACUGCUCAAGUGGACUUUGCCAGGUAGGUGAGGCAUCACGUGAUUGAUGCGUGGGUUGUCCCACCCACCUGUCAGAGUUGACCCUUAGGAGUGGCCAGAAAGGUUCCUCUUCCCUGAUCUGAGGAAAUCACACAUGCACGAACGGGGUGCUAGCAACUAGUGUGAAUAUGGCUUGAUUCACAACUCACAUGCCAUUGUAAGCCAAAUUAUAGUUUAUUGGGAUCGUGUUGGCAAGUGGCUUCCAUAGAGGUUGCUUUGCUCCUCUGUUUUUACUCAGCAUAUCGUGGUAGUAAAGAGGACUGGGGAGGAGGUGGCUAAGGGCUUCUCAGCAGGAGCUGGCAUGUUCACACGGUUCCAGGAACCCAGAAUUAGGCCUGGUUCACAUGCCACUGUAAGCUAAUCAGUUGCAGGGGAGAGUGACAAUCUCCAGAACAGCGAGUCAGGAGUCAAGCUGAAGUUAAUCUAUGGGGGUUGAGCACUAAAGGCAAUUCCCAGCAUUGCUGUUGGGAGGGGUGGUAGUGCAAAAGAGGAAGUACUUUAGAGAAGAGGUACUUCAUAAUACUGGGGUAUAGAGUUACUGUUGUGGUCUUUAAAACAAGUACAAUCGUAUCUCCACUUACGUAUCCCUCCGGUUACAUAAACUUCAGGAUAUGUAAGCAGCAAACCUGAACAUAUAUUUCUGGGUUUUUGCCGCGUGUGUGCAUGCAGAAGCGGUCUCUCCAAUGGCGAAAGCCUCAGGAUCCGGAACGGAUCCUGUCCACAACUGGAGGUAACACUGUAGAAGCUUUACCACUCACCUAGAUUAUCCAUGUGAGCUAGGAUGGGGAUUAGUGUUGAAUAUACAGUGGUACCUCGGGUUACAGAUGCUUCAGGUUACAGAGUCCGCUAACCCAGAAAUAGUACCCCGGGUUAAGAACUUUGCUUCAGGAUGAGAACAGAAAUCGCGCGGCGGCAGCGGGACGCCCCAUUAGCUAAAGUGGUACCUCAGGUUAAGAACAGUUUCAGGUUAAGAACGGACCUCCAGAACGAAUUAAGUAAUUAACCCGAGGUACUACUGUAUAGAUUGUAUGUGACUAGGGUUCCUAACUCAAGAGUGCAAUACCAAACCAGAGAAUGCCUGCAGAUAACUUUUUGUGACAUUAAAGACCAACCCAAAAAUUUAUUGCUCGGAAGCAAAUCUCACUGAAAUCUUUAGAAAUUCUGAGUAAAUAUGCUUCAGAUUGCUUGGUGCUGUAUGUCCUGGUGAUGUUAUAGUUCUGAGCUGGGAUUUGAUGCCAGGUUGCAACAGUUGUCUAUUUUGGUGACCCUGAGCAAGUUGCUGUUGCAUUUGUUUUCCAACUGCAAAAUAUCAGUAAUUGUGACCUCCCUCACAGGGUUAUUGUGAGCAUAAAGGAGGUGAUGACAUAUUUGUACCCACCCAGUGCCUUGGGGAUAAGGCAUGCUAUAAAUCUACUUAGUGAAAUAUGUUUAUUUGCUCCAGAAAAGUAGGUUAUAUAGAGUGGAACAAACAUGGGGUGACAUGCAAGUUCUAAUAAACUGGUGUUUUACUCCUGUCCAAAAUUAAAAUUAAUUUGAUUUAGAUACUUUAUUGCCUUAAUAUAAUUUGUACAGCACCUAGCACACCAUCUGUACUGUACUUUAGUAAUAGUAACAAUAGGAGUGUCUCCACAUAUAAUUUUAGCAGUAGUUUGCUUCUAAUUCAGACGAUGCUUUGACUUUCCCAGGGACUAUUUAUGGAUUGCUACGCAAAUUACUGCUGUUCAUGCAAACCAUUGGAGGGUUAUGAUUGCAGGUUGGAUUGCAGUGUGCAAUGUCUUUUUAGUUACCACAUUCCAGGUGACACAAUUUGUAUAAUAUGGAAAUCCUGUACUAAUUAUGCAAAGAUGUGCUGAAUUGGCAUCCUGAUUUCCAUGGUUUCAAUAUGCAAUUCUUCUAUAGUUCUGCCAACUUCCAGAAGUAGGGAUGGCUGUUUUAUACAUUACCUGGCUUUGCCUCUGACCAUACUCUCUACCAGAAACCAUAGCAAAUCCUGGCUGUCUCUAAUCAUGUGUGUUGGAUGCAUGUUUUCAGCUGCUGGUUUGUCCCAUUCACACUUUAUGGUUGCAUCUGCUGGCAUGAAACUUAAGUUUACCCAAGUGUGUACCUUAAGCAUGUGUGAACAGGCUGAGAGAGAGAUGAGAUUGUGGAAGGAUUUCUUAUUUAAUCUUUGUUGCAGCUGGGAAGGGGGAAUUCUUGAGGCCUUGCUGCUCUACUUUAAUGGCACAGCAAUGUUUGCUGAAGGUGUUGGUUGGUUCAGUUUUUGCCCCUAUUUUUUCUUUACUUUCCCACAGUCCAGAGUCCCCCACCACCCACCCCAGUCUCUUCUUGGGCAUUGAGUCUAGCUGAGUAUCUCCUCAACAAGCUUUGUUGAAGCAGUAGGGUGGGCUAACAGACUGUUCAGUGUCUGGUGAAAACUGAUAGCCUUUUGCAAUAUUCAUAGUGGUGGGAGAUCGACACUUGAUCUCAAUCCCAUAUAAUCUUCUUAGGCGCGCACACACACACACACACACACACACACCCAAACCUGCCUUGAGCGCAAUCUAGGAAAGCUUAUUUUCAGUAACCAAGGACCUGGCAAUUACAAAUACAGUGGUACCUUGGGUUAAGUACUUAAUUCAUUCCGGAGGUCCGUUCUUAACCUGAAAUUGUUCUUAACCUGAAGCACCACUUUAGCUAAUGGGGCCUCCUGCUGCACCGCCGGAGCACAAUUUCUGUUCUCAUCCUGAAGCAAAGUUCUUAACCUGAAGAACUAUUUCUGGGUUAGCGGAGUCUGUAACCUGAAGCGUAUGUAACCCGAGGUACCACUGUACUGCUUAAGUAGCAUGGUGGGCAGAAACACUGGCAUCUCUGUUUUUUCAUCACGAGGCCUUUUGAAUGGUUGAUCAAGAAAGAUAAGACAUUCUAUAAGGAUUAACUGAUUGAAUUUGCCUGUUCAGAGUAGGCUGUGUUUAGAAUGGGGAAUUAUGAAUGCUGCCAAAUAUUUUACUGUUUGGCCACCACCUCUGUCAUCAAGGGAUUACAUGAUAUACUUUGUUUUAAAUAUGCCAGGAAUUCAAAGUGCUGCUGAAAUCUAAUGAAAGCUUAAAUAAUUAAGUGUUCACCACUAACUUUAUUGGUUGUCUUCAUGCCGCACACCUGAUAAAACACCUAUGGCUUCUUUGACUGGAAAGUUAGUUGUGAAAGCUUCUAAGAUGCUUUUAAAAAAGAUAUUAAAAUAGGCCCAUGUGCAUAGAUAUAUCCUUGAAUUGAUAUGUACAUAACAUUAACUGAUAGGGUUUCAGUGAAACUGAGGAACUUCCUGGUUCAAGCAAAAUAAUGUGUUCUUACUGAUAACCCGUGGAGUGCUCUGUCAGAAAAUAUAGUUGUGAUCAAUGGUGCAAAUGCAAGAUUUCAGGUCUUCCCAAUGUAUUGAGUAUUGGAAAAUGGGCAGCAUUUGCAUCCUACACCUAUUAAUGAACCUGGGACUGCCCACUUUUUGAGACAAGGUCCUAGCAAGAUGAACAGCUGAUUGGACUCAGUUGGACGUUGCUGAAAACAUCAGUUUGGUAGAACAACAGUAUAGAGAAUUACAUAGUUGAUAGAGUACUGUCUCCAAAUAGUGUAUUAUCCUCAUGCCCAUAGUGAGCCACUUUGAGACUCAGAUGUGAUGAAAAGUGCAAUACAGUCUACCUUUUUAAAAUAAAAAUAAAAAUUAAUGACACCAGGCAGCUGCUAUUAUAAACUGCUUAGAGGUUUUAUUUACAAGUAACCAGUACACAGAAGCCCUUGUAUCAUUGCUCUCAAGAGGACCAUGGGAUGCAGUAAAAAAGAAAAGAAAAGAAAUCUGCCGCUUAUACAAAGGCAUUCUUGACUUCAUGGAAUAUUUGACGGCAGUCAAGUAAUAGGCGGUCAAUUGACCAGCAUCUCAACUCUAUGUUAUAAAUAGAUUUGCAGUUUAUUUCAGGCCUUUGGUCAGAAUCUAUAUCUAGCAUGGCAGAAUAAAAAACUGUUUUCAGGUUUCUCGUUUGAAAAGUUUUGAGAAAGUGUACAAGACUUUCUUACCACUAGGGCCUUAGCUCAGUAGUAGAGUAUCUGCUUUGGGUGCAGAAGGUCUCAGGGUUCCAUUUCCAGGUGGGACUAGGAAAGACCCAUUUCUGGAAUCUUGAAGAACAGCUGCCAGUUAGCAUAAACAGUGUUGAGCUAGAUAGACCAAUGGUCUGACUUACAAAUUAUUUAUUCUGAGCAUGUCUGUUUGACACAAUAUGGCCAAGCCGCCGUUGUACCAUAAAACCGCUUAACAUGCCUAUAAAGCACUUCUUUUAUUUACUCUCUUUCUACUUGAUUAAAUAAAUGAAAACAUAAUUUAAAUACAGUUCAUUUAAAUCAUCCCAACCUUGUUGAUUCUCUACUGAAAAUAGUGGCUGGAACAGGAUGAGAGGGUAGAAUGAUCCGCCUCAUUAUAUAGCCGGGCCAUUUCCUGGUUCUCAGGAGUGAAAGAGAGAACUUUGCAUAGUUCUCAAUGGGGAAUUUAGAAACAAUUUUAGUUUCUUACUACAUUUGUGCCCCACAUUUCCUCCAGGAAGUCCAAGGCUGUGUUCAUGGCUUUCUUUUCCCCCUUCCUUUUUAUUCUCACAACAAUCCUGUAAAGUAGGUUAGAUUGAGAUAGUGAGUGCUCCAAGGUCUCCCAGUGAGUUGAUGGCUGUAGUGGGAUUUGGACCUGGGUCUCUCCAGUCCAAGUGUGAUACUCUAUAACCAAUUCACCAGGAGAUUUGCCCAUUGAGUAAAGAAUUAAUGCAGCUGGGAUUGGGCACAAGUCUGUCCAGUGCCCACCCCCUCAAAGAAGUAAAGAAGAAGAAACAAACUCCAAAACAGCACGUGAGGAUGGAGCUUGCACAUUGAGCACAGAAUGACUGGAGAGGAAGGGAAAUGAGGGGGUGGAUGAAAUGAAGUGGCUAGAAACCUGAGCCAGAAGCACUGCGUGCUGCAACAUUUUGUUGUCGAGUGAUGCUGGUGUCUCUGCAUGUUGGAUACUGGGGACAGAUAACAGAGGAAGGCUUACUGACUUUUAAGCUUCCCAGCAGCAUAUGGCUGGUCGCUGUUCCAAACAGCAUGCUGGAGUUGAAGAGCCCGUAGUCGGAUCCAUCUGGGCUCUUGUUAUUUCUUAAACCUCCCAACAGCCCUAAAAGACAGAAACAGCUGGAAAGGGAUCGGGUUGGGCUGGGCAGUGUAUCUCCACUCCACCCGCCACCAGCUACUAAUGGUCUCACCCAGGGCUCAUGCUGCCAUAAUUCAUCUUUCUCUCUCUGACCACAGACUGAGGUUCCGAAGCCAAGCAACUUGAGCUGAGCACUGAGAGAGCCAAGUUGAAGGCAGAAGAGGGGUAGACACUGCCGUAACCAAUCGGCUCCUCCUUUCCCAGCAAAAUCUCUCAAGGUUCCUGAGCAAAACAAGCACAAGCCCUGUUGUGGUCUGGAGAAGGUGGGUGUGGGUGUCUGCACCAUUCACCAGCCGUUCCCAGAUUUUGAAUGUCUGGGACAUAGAGAUCAGACCAUAGAGAUCUUCCAUGCCUAUACUGCCUGGCUGAAGCUAGACAGGUGGGAACACUUUAUGGCACCAAGCCUCCUAUCUUCUCAGGCUACAAUAGCAGAAUAACCUCCCAGUUAGCUGUAGCAUUACUGCUUCGCUGUGCUUAAACAACAAAAAUUAUGAUUAGCACACCCAGUUAGCGUUAAAUGAAUAUUAAAAGAUUAACUAUAUCAUUCUGUCCCUGCCUUUUGCUGCUCCUUUGUCACACCCUGCCCUCUCCAUAUAGGUGUUACCCAUCGGCAUCCAUGCUAAGUUAAACCCUAAUUUCCCAAGGCAGGCCGAGGUAUGGGCAGCAGGCCAGGCCUCUGUGCAUCCUCCAUUUGCUGCUUUGCUGCUGCCUCCUGUGCCAAUUCAGCUACUUUGUUAGACUGAAAAGGAGGAGGAAUAAUCACACUGUCAUUGCUAGGCAACUCAGUGUGUGAGCCCACAACCAGGUUUGGUUUAGAUGAGGGAUGUUGCAGGGUUCUGGAAUCGAUGCCAAGAAUCUGGCAGAAGCAUCAACCCACCCAGAGCAGAAACUCAGUGUGCUAGAAUCUGGCAAGGUUCUGCAGUACCUUCAGUGUCUUCUCAACCAAAGUAAAUCUCUGAUGCCUUUGGUUCACUGUAGGGCAGAUUAUUUAAUUGAUCCAAUGCCACAAUGAAAGCUGCUUACAUGGACACCAAGGCCUAGCAGGUUUUUGGGUGCACUAGAAUUGAUAUAUUUUGGGAUCCAACCACAUUUACCAAAAUGGGACUACGAAUUGCUACCUGGCCAUAGAGGUGACUCUUGUGUUGCAUAUUGUGGUUUCUUUUACUGCCAUUUUAGGAUUAGCCAUUUCUCUGUUUGGUCCAUGAGGUCCUCAUGUGCUUUACCAAUAUUAAAUCCACAGAAUGUUUGUACAGCCCCUGGGAUACUUGGUUGGUUGUAGUCAACCAAUGUUUACUCAGAGUAAACCCAUGGACCUAAGUCAUGGCCAUUAAUUUCAGCGGCUCUGCUCUGAGUAGAAGUUAGUUGAAUGCAACCCAUUGUCAUAUCUGAAUGAAGAAAGGUGAUCAUUAUGUGAGAACAAGAACAAUAUUGCUUUGUACCCAACAUGUUGCUUGGAUGAAGGAAGAAGGGAUAAUUUUCUAUGUUACACCGAAGCAACACUGAGUUUCUUACAGUGUGUGCACUCAGUAGGGAGCUGGAUUCAGUCGUGCUUCUGGGCAAGUGUAUAUAUGUAUGGUAUGUACUUGAGAAAUUACAUAGGGCAUUUACAUAAGAGGGCCUUUUCAGUAGUGGCUCCCUGUCUGUGGAAUGCCCUGUCCAAUUAGGCCUGCCUGGCAUUGGCAUUACUGCCUUUUCAGCACCAGACUGAAAAUUUCCACCCAGGCACCUGCCUGUUAUUAUUUUUUCUUUCCUCCUAUUUAACAGUUUGUUUCAGUCUGCUGUUCAUGGUGAUUGUACGGAAAGCUAGGAUUGGGAUGUUUAAAUUGGUGCAUGAUCUCUUUUUUUUUUACUGUUGUAUGUAGCGUUUUGUGCUUUGGGUUGCCUUGAGACACUUAUAGUAUAAGGUGAUGCAUAAGUAAAGUGGCAAAGAUGGUAAUAUUUCUUGCACUCAUCUUUUGGUUCAGGGUUGGGGAACUUUAGGCCUGGGGGCAAGUGUGGCUCUCCAAGCCGAUCUGGCUGUUGGGAUUACCCCUGCCCCCUAGGCCUGCCCUUCACUGGCCCUGCUUUGCACCCUCCUUGAAUGCUUUUGCCUGGCUGGAAUCAUAGAAUUGUAGAGUUGGAAGGGACCAUGAGGGUCAUCCAGUCCAGCCCCUGCACUGCAGGAAACUUUUGCCCAAUGUGGGGCUCGAACCCACAACCCUAAGCUUAAGAGUCUCAUGCUCUACCAACUGUGUCCUUAAUUUCUGACAAUGUCACUUGCUUGUCAGGAGGAAGAGUGUAUGAUUGUAUUAGAAAUUAGCCUACAGAACAAAGGUGAAAUUUACAUUCCUUGUUCUGCCUGCUUUUGCCUCUAAACCCUCCCGCCACAAGGGAUGUGCUCCUUGGACUGAAAAAGGUUCCCUACACCUGUUUUAUCUGUAUACCUGAACCAUGUUUGAUGUACAGCAAAAAGGUAAUGUUUGAGUGGCGCCACUUUCUUCCUUUAUUAAAAAACAUGGCGGCCUGGUGAUUGGUUGCACCGUGGUCUAAGGCACCCUGUUUCAUUUUGAUGCAUACCAUAUCUUUUUCAGUUGCAAACCAGUAAGGAAAGGGUGCAUACACAGUCUUUGGGUUUUCUUUAUCCAAACAAGCUUUGGAGGGGGGUUGGGCUCUGACUUCUGCUUCUAAUUUCCACAGAGGAUAGGAGUAAACAACUGCAAAGGGAUGCUGUCGUCUGACUUGCUGGGCUGAAAAUCUGGCUUUGAGUGGGUGGGUCAACGUGUCUUGCCUGGAAGCCUGCCAAGCUGAGCACAGCAGUUCACAACCACCAGUUCCCUUUUCUUCCAUCGCGUGCCUGUAGAAUUGAGAAGUCAAAGGAAAGCGGCUAUAAUGCUUCUAAACUUCCCCAUUCUGAAAUACCCAUGUGUGUAUUUUUCUCUCCCCUCUUCUUCAAUGCAGCGGAACCACAUAGCAUAUCCUAGGUUGUGUCAUGCUUAAAUUUUAAGUUACUUACAUUUAAAUUUAUGACUUACCAUUGGAUCUAUGCUCAACCCUUGAGGCAGUUUAAAAGUCCAGCUAUGAUGACAUGAAAGCGAAUAGAAAUGCAAUCUAAAGGGCCACACAGAAAUAAUAGUAAAGAGUUACAGGAAGGAAAAGUCAGCAUUCUGUUAUUCAACCUAAAUUUUUCCUUGAGAAAUGAAAAUUUGUUAAAUUCAACUUCUCUGGGGGCAGAGUUGUAUUGAGAGCCUGCCACAGCAAGCAAAGGUGGUUCAUAUGAGAAUCUUAUUGAACUUAGUAGGACUUAAACCUGAGUAAUAGUCUACAAUUUAAGUUCAUGUGUCAGGAUUUAUACAUCAAAGUUCUGAAAACUGAUGGUUGCAGAUGUUGCUGUUAGGGAUUGGGGAGAAAUUUGAUUUGGUUUGCAUUCAAAGGCAAACCUACCUGAUUCAAGCUUUCUGAAACAACAUGCGAACCAAAUCACAUCCAUCCUUCGAAUUUUGCACUUCUCCAGAUUUUGCAAUGCAAUUCUCCAGCCACCUAAUGUGUACAUAAAUGCAUAGGGUUCAGUGUGCAUAAAAAUGCAUAUAUUGGUGGAAAUGACAUACAAACAUGCACUUUAUUAGAGAAAAUUGCUUUGCAAAAAUGUGUAUAUUAGGCAAAAAUAAAAAAAUAGCAUGGAGAGAAAUUCAUACUAAAAUGCUGGCAAAUAAGGGCUUUUUUACCAAGUUGCAAAUUCAGGUGGAAAUGUGGAGAGCUGAACUUGCCCAGGGAGAAUAAUAGCAAUCUUAGAUAGAGAGAUCUUUCUGCAAUUUAGGUACACCUGGUAGAACAACCUGGUAAUGUUGCCUCUUUGCCUUCUAAUUACACUCUGGAUGGAUGGAUGUCUUGAGAUCACAAAGGAAUCUAAUUUUAUAUCUUAAGCAAACACCAAACAAGUAACUCUGCCAAAAGAAACAAAUAUGCUUAUUGAAAAGUGGCUGUCUUAAUUAUGUGGAUUGUGUAAUUGUUAGUUUCUGUUUCUAUGGUGACAGUGCAGCUUUUUUUAUGUCUUACCUACCUCAGAUUUUCUAAAGCAGAUGUUUCUCACAGGUUUUCAGUAUCCCAGAAUGCUGUUGGGGUGUGAUACCGGGUGAGUGAUCUUUCUGGGGAUAUAAACGACCAUUAGAUUCAUCAGUUGUAUUAUUUAACUAUGUAAAAGACCUAGUCCUAUCUGAAGAAAUGAUAAUAACCUCUUGAGAGCAGCAGGUAUUACAAUUCUUGCAAACUGGGAAUUAACAUUAGAAGAGUGGAUUUUAAGGAUCUGGGACAUAGUUUAUAUGGUGAAGUUAACUAAUUCGUUAGGAGAGAGGGCAGGCAACUAAGCAACCUUUUUAUUGAAAAUUGGAGCAUGUUUGUCACAUAUUGAUGCAACAGAAUUCAAGAAAUUAUAGUACCAUAAGCAUUUUGGGGUCCACUGUAAUAGGACCACUGUUAUCUCAUACUAUUAUGUUAUAUUGUAUACAUCUGAUACGUACAGUAAAAUUAAUUUUAGAAGCAGUUUAACCUCUAUGUAAACUCUGUGCAAGCAAAUCAGGGUGAUCACUCAAUAAAUAGGUUGUCAGGAGGGCCCUAUAGAGAGGUGGUGUUAAAUGAGAAUGAAUUGGCACCUUGUAGAGAAAAAGACUGGCUGCAUUCUGUAGCGUGCCUCUUUGAAUUAGGGUAUAUGGUAGUUUAUGGAUUAAGGGUUCAGUUCCCAAGCACUGCAACAACAUGCUGUUCUAUGCUGAGCAUGUUGGCAAACCUCUUUUUUUCUAUGGUGGUCCAACAUUCCCAACCAACAGGACCAAAGAACCACAACAAAGGGCAUUGACUAGAAGUUGUGGAUGCCUGGGCAUGGGGCAUCUUCUGGGAGUCGUAAAGAGGGCACAGAGACUUGGGGCAAUGCUGCCAAAUGUACUAACCAUUUCAAAAACACUUGGUUUCAAACCUUGUGUGGUUAGCAUUGCUGCUGACACUGCUUAACCACAGGCAAGACCAGCUGCAGGAAGGAGGGAGGUGGGAAGGUACAAUUCUGCAACCUUAACCUUAACCUAGGCCUAGCUACUUGUGAAGUUUGCUUGCAUGAAUGCUUCCACAAGUGUGGCCUAGAAUAUAGCCUAUUGUACAAACAUAAGAGUCAUACUCAUUGCUUUGCCCACUUUUUCCUGUUUCCCAAUCCACCACUGGCGUGCGGCCCUCAGAAGGUUGCCUCUGAGGGAAUAUGGCCCUCAGGCUUAAAAAAAAAGUUCCCCAUCUCUCGUAUAAAGCCAUCACUGCUUUCUCCCUUUAUCCCUAUUAUUGGGGAUAGAGUACAGUUCUUGAGUUUCAGUUUGCUCAUACUUAAGUUUCAUGUUUUUUCUGUAUUUGCUACUCUUGAAAGAAUUAGGAUGGUGAUCCUGCUACUGGUGGACUUGGGCCAUCAGACAUCAAGGAAGCAAAGAGAAGAGGGAGCUAUUUUCACUGCAAGCGCUCAAGACUUGUCUCGUACUCUUUAAUACUGUUUUAAUUAAAAUGCUUGAAAAUGGCAAGUAGGGAAACAUUGCAUGUUAUGAACUUGGCCCUCGAGGUAAGGCUGAAGAUAGGUGCAUGUCCUAGAGUCACUCAACCAGCCCAUACACCUUGUGUUAAUAUAGCAAAUGAAGAAAAUGAGCACACAAAAAAUAAUACUAAUGCUUGAGGGGCUCUCCCUUUUUUAAAGCAAAGCAGGAAGAAAAGUUUAAACACUGCAGUGAUGCAAAGAGAACAGCAUUGCCAUUCUCUCUAUGUGACUAUUUUUACAGCAAAAAUGUUCUGUUAAAUACAUUUGUUUUAAAAAUGCUUUCAAUUCAUUGUUUUUCACUGUUUCUAUUGAUAACGCUAAUUGGAGGUUCUUAAGCAGAGGUUGGAUGGCCAUCAGCCAUGGAUGCUUUAGUUGAGAUUCCUGCAUUGCAGGGGCUUGGACUAGAUGACCCUUGGGGUCCCAUCUAACUCUAUGAUUCUAUGAAGCUUGGAGGCUUAGCUACAAAGAAAGAGAGCCAGUGUGGUUAAGAGCAGUGGACUCGUAACCUGGUGAACCGGGUUCGAUUCCCCGCUCUCCCACACGCAACUGCUGGGUGACCUUGGGCCAGUCACACUUCUCUGAAGUCUCUCAGCCUCACUCACCUCACAGAGUGUUUGUUGUGGGGGAGGAAGGGAAAGGAGAACGUUAGCUGCUUUGAGACUCUUUAAGGGGAGAGAAAGGCGGGAUAUCAAGUCCAAACUCUUCUUCUUCUUCUUCUUCUACUACUACUCCUACUACUACUACAAUCAAGCGGAAUAUAUGUUUUGUUAAACAGAGAAAUAAAUUCAGCAAAGGUGGAGCAUCAGUUCAUAUCCCCAGCCCAUUUUGAGGGGACAAAUUAGGUUCUCUGUUAAUAUGAAGGGAUGGCUAGUGGGAGAGCAUCAUCAACUAUGAGUGGUACUUCAUGAUGGCAUCGUGGGAGGACUGGUAGUAAUUGAGGUUCAAAUGUAGCUGCUGCGUAUUUAUAACCCACCCCCAAAUGCCUUUCACCAUUUCACCACUGACAGAAGACAGAAGUUCCAUUUUGGCUCAGCCCUACCUUCUGAGACAACCGCUUCACACGAUGCUCUUCAUACACUCUGUGACAAACCAGGUGCUGUUGUGUUUGCUGUGAAAUGGUCCUUAAUUACGGUUCAGAAAAUAUAAUUGGAGUAUUUUGCAGUGGAAUACCUGGCUAGUUUAUCUUUUGGAUUUGACAUCGGUUUUAGCAGAAGGUGUGGGAAGCAAAGAGAGCUGUUGUAGCAAAGCUGAAACGAUCUGUUGCCGUUUAUAGGGGAUUAUAUGGAUUAUGUCGUCUUUAUGAUCUUUUCCGUUGAGUUUUACUGCUGCGAUUGUUUUGUUUUUGUUGACUUUUUGUUGCUAGCUGCUGUUGGGUUUUCUUUAAGGAUCCAUGUGGUGGGUUACACAUUUUAAGUGCAAAUUUCGCAUUUUUCAAAUUAGAACUAUUCCAUUCAUUGCACAGCAACAAGCCAAGGGUUGCAGCUCUGUCCUUGUGUGUGUGUGUGUGUGUGUGUGUGAGAGAGAGAGAGAGAGAGAGAGAGAGAGAGAGAGUUCGGCAGUGAGAUGUAAUAAAUCUUGGCUCUCCGAUGAGUGCACCUGUAGGAUGAUGCACGUUUUGCGUGUAUAUGUCAUGACAUAUGCUAGAUCUUUGCUUGUUCAACGUUGAGAUGUAAUUCCAUCUCCCUUUCCUGUAUUGAAGGCAGGGGAGGCAUUGGAAUCCUACCUUUUUGAAUGAGACAUGGCAUGUUUGCACAUAAUGAAGGGCCCAAUUACUGUUUCCUUCCAAAUGAAUAUAUGUUUGUUUGUUUGUUUGUGGCUUUCACUAACCCACCUAACUUCAAUGCCAUGGCCCCAACUGGUGUUUCAGAAUAGAAAUUGGCUUUACACAGGAAGCAGCAAAUGGGUACAGUUUUGCCCUUUCAUCAGCAGCCAGUUAGACAGUUUGCAGCAGAGAAUGUGACGGCGUUUCCUUGCUCCGUAAAAGUUGGCUCUGCAGCUGUGGCUAUGGGGAAACUGGUUUUCCUUGGGGUGGGGAAUACUGGCCAGCAUCCAAAACGCAGGCAGUCUUCAGAUGUGGCUGUAACAUGUGUUCUUACUCUUGACACUGGCCUCUAAACAAGAAGCCGUUUGUCUCAAACAGCAUUUUGGAUCUCUGGUAUCUUUUUGAUUAAAAGCCGAGAAACGAAAAAGUAGACUUGUAAUAUAGGACUAAAGAAACGGCAAUGAGAGGAUCCUUUUUCAGAGGAGACUUGUAGGAUUUGUUUAUCAAAUGCUGUGAUCAGCUUUCUCAGCGCCAUUUCACUCAUGGUUUUCCCAGGAAGUGUGCACUUCACAAAUUUAAUACAGUUGUACCUUGUUUUGCGACCGGGAUCUGUUCCGGAGCCCCGGCUGCUAGCCGAAAAGGAUGCAGGGCAAAGCACCGCGUCUGCACACACGCAUGGAGCAGUUUGCGCUUCUGCACAUGCGCAAGUGGCAAACCUGGAAGUAACCCAUGCCGGUACUUCUAGGUUUGCCGCGGACGUUCGCCGGAAUGGACGCUAGACGAGGCGGACGUUCGCAGAGGUAUUACUGUAAACAAACAAAACUCUCUCUCUCCCUCCAGGGAGCAGCAGCAAACUGGGGCUUCCUGAUAGGAUGCUCAAGUUUAGAAACACAUAUUUGUAGAAAUUCCGCUUUACAUUUUUAGGUGUGUAUUUUAGGUGUACGCCUGAAAUAUUUAAAGAUGAGGAGUGUUUAAAUCUAGGGAAGGGCAUUUGCCACCCAGGUGACCUUCUAGGUGCCGGUAGGGGUUGAGGCCAGAGCCAAAAGCAGAUGGAGCAAUUUUACCUUUGUGGAAAGACUAACUUCCUACCCAUGCACACACUUUAUCCUCCAUGUAGGCAAGCAAAGAGUCACUAUCCGAGUUCAAGGACACAUUCCAGCCAGGGAAGAACACUUGAGCAGCAUUCAGGGCAGAGUUGCUGUGGGCCGAGGUGAGAGAGCUAAAUGACAAGACAGUGAGACCUUUGGACUUCAGGUUCCCUGUCCCUAGUCUUAACGUUUGGCUGCCAAAGUGAUUUGUGGCAAGUGGGGGAGAGAUGUUCAACUUGUAUCCCCAUCCUAAGCAUGUUUCCUUGAAAAUCCCUUUAAUUUCAAUGAGGUUUUUCCCAGGUAAGCUUGUUUGGGGUGCAGCCUUAGGAUGGGGCUACAACGGUACCUCAGGUUAAGAACUUGAUUCGUUCCAGAGGUCCGCUCUUAACCUGAAACUGUUCUUAACCUGAGGUACCACUUCAGCUAAUGGGACCUCCCGCUGCCGCUGCACAAUUUCUGUUUCCAUCCUGAAGCAAAGUUCUUAACCUGAGGCACUAUUUCUGGGUUAGUGGAGUCUGUAACCUGAAGCAUCUGUAACCCGAGGUACCACUGUACUUUGAAACAAAAACCAAGACUACUGCCUCACACUGCUGCUUCUGUCGUUACAUUACUCUAGAGAAAAAAUUAAGCAUUACAAAAGAAUUUUGAAAUUACCUGCAAUGUAAAACUCAGCCCUUCCUGUGACAACUAAGCCAGGUUUCUGCUGGCAGAGACAAAAUAGGCUGAGUGUGUUGGGAGAGUUCUUAAAUGUCCGUGCUCUAAAAUCAACUUUCAAGAUACUGAGCAGUCUACACUCUUAAAACUUUUUGUAUCUGUUUCCUGGAGAGCUGCGUAAGCAUUCUGUGCAGUGUUGGUAGUUGCUGAAACAGCUUUAAAAUAAUGAGUCUUCUGAGUUGAUCCAGAAGCGCUUGACUAUGGCUGUCAUACAGCAUACCUCUUUCUCUUUGCAGUGCUCCUGUUGCAUCAGUUUUGUACUGUUUUUGGCUAGAAGUGCCUACAAAUAAGGCUCGGGUAAUCCUGAGCAAUGUGUUGGGUUGGGUGGGUAUGCAGCCAGCACCUUAUCAGAUCUUUUGAGCUGCCCAGUUGGAAACUCUGCAAUAGGACAGAAUUGUCCUGGGUUUUCUUUCAAAUAACCAGAACAUGAAGGUAGGUUGCGCCCAAGGGCCUAGACAUACUACAAAUUUUUAUUGUUCUUUUAGUCCUUUUCACAGCAUCUUCCAAAGAAUUGUAGGAAUUCUUGUUGAUGUCUUUGUUUGGAUGGGGAAGGGUGAUUUUCUAUGUGGAGAAGCAUUAACAUGGUGUCAUGACUUACAGACUUUUGCUGCAUCUGUAGUUGCAGCCAUGCCGAAGGGUUGAGCCCCCUAUCUAGACCUCGUUCCUCACUUUUAUUCACUCUUGUCUUCAUUUUUGUUUUUUCAUACCCUUCAACAUUUCUCCAAUGGAAAUAGGGACGUCCUAUUCCAUAAUGAUAAUUUUACUAUUUAUACCCCACACACCUUACUGGGUUGCCCCAGCCACUCUGGGCAGCUUACAACAUAUAUAAUAACAUAAUAAAACAUUAAACAUUUUUUUAAAAACCUUUCCUAUACAGGAUUGCCUUCACACAGCUUGGGGGGGGGACAGAUAAGUCCACACCCUCCAACAUUUCUCUAAUGAAAAUAGGGACGCCAUAAGGAAAAGUAGGACAUUCUGGGAUCACAUCAGAAACCAGGAUGUCUUGUCUAAAUUAGGGAUGUCCCUGGAAAAUAGGGACACUUGGAGGGUCUGCUUUUUGAUUGUGCUGACAGAAUCCACAGUGAAAGUGAGUUAAAGAAUACCUUGGAAGAGCUGCAUGAAUGAGCCCUAAUGGAGAGAACGUAAUACAGGUAUAUUCGGAAAUAAGUUCCCAAUGGCUGCUCCGAUUCUAGAGGGAAGACUGUCUGGUUGGGGAUGUCUUGCCUUUUUAAAAAUAGCUUGCAGGGUGAGUAGAUCUGGCACAAUGUCGAGAUUCGCAUUCAAUCUGUACUCUGUUAUAAAAAGCAAGAAUUCUGAACUUUGACCCACUUUUUUUUUUAAAGAUCCUCAUGUGUUGGCUGCCCUCUAGCCAGCCUUGUACAACUUGGCAUGGAUCUCAGUCUGUGGUGCUCAGGACUCGCACUGAGAAAAAUAUUGACUAUUGAGUGACUUGCUCCUUAAGGACACAAGAAACGCCCACCCCGUUUCCUGGUGCAGUUAAUUUAAAAGCUGUAAAGAUGGUAACAUGUCGCUUUAUUCUUCCAGCUGCUUUAUUACAUAGGAAAUGUCAAACCAAGAGGCGGCAAAUGGCUUUGAUGGGUUACCUUUAAUUCUGUGGCUUAGUAGUUGGAGACACUUGUUGCCAGCAAGGGGAGCUUGCCUAGAGGCUAAGUUGCAUUUUUCUUCCUUGGCUAAUGUUAAAUGCUUACGAUUACAAUCGUACCUUGGAAGUCGAACGGAAUCCGUUCCAGAAGUCUGUUCGACUUCCAAAAAGUUUGAAAACCAAAGCGUGGCUUCUGAUUGGCUGCAGGAAGCCCCGUCGAACGUUCGGCUUCCAAAAGAAUGUUCAAAAUCCAGAACAUUCACUUCCAGGUUUCGAUUGUUUGAGAGCCGAUUUGUUUGGGAGCCGAUGCGUUCGAGAUCCAAGGUAUGUCUGUACUGGCCCUUUCUGUGCUUUCUAGAACUGAAGGGCAUUGUCUUUUAACUGACCCAGAAUAGUAUAAAACCUCUCCAGGACAUUUAUUUGGUGCUGUUUCAAUGCACACUUGGUACCUCACAUUUGAACUCAGAACCCCUUGUCUUCCCACCUAUCCACAGGUGCAGAUUGGAGGUCAAUUCAUGGUUUGGCUGUAAGGAAAUGAGAUACCUGCACCCAUGCAUGGCUCUUGCACAAGUGUAGUUCUGCAGCUUUCCUGAAAAAUCAGGAUUCCCUUUCAUCUCACACAUUGGCCUUGUUUGCACAUAACACAUAAAGUCAUGGCUUACAAAUAAAGGUUUGAUUUAAUCAUCCAAACCUUCCCUGGUGUCUUAACCGUAGUUUAGCCACAAAUAAGCCCUGCUUGUGAAUCAAGCAUUACAUGCAAGCUCAGCUCUUGUUGACCUAGAUUUGAAGCAUUAGUAAAACCAUAUAAGAGCAAAGGAGGUUGUUAGAAUUGAGUAAAUGCUCCUGCUUAUGCAUUCUGCAGUGAAGCAAAGCAAUCUUCUUUUUAAGGUGUUUACUUCCAUGUUGCUGCAUUUGGCACCUUGUUUAAUCUCUCUCUUUGAAAAUAGUUGAAAUGAUAUGCUGGUUAGAUUUAAAACUUUGAGGCUCUGAAAGAACAUAAAGCAGAUUUUUGUUUUCAGCUCAACUAACAAAGAGUCUUGCUAUGAGCAAGGUGAUUAGAAAUUAAGAGAAACCAAUGUCAUGCUUUCCUUUUCUAAAUGCACAAGCACUGUUUCAUAGUUGGAAGUAACCUAGCAAUUUCCUACAUGUUAUUGAAGGAUUACCGUAUUUGCUCGAAUCUAAUGCUCGCCUUUUUUUGCCACAUUAUGUUGUGAAAAUCAAGGUGUGCCUUAGAUUUGAUGGCACAUUUACAUUCAGCAGCAAAUACUUUUUUUGAUUUCAAUGUUCUGAAAAUUGAGGGGCCUGCUAGAUUCAAUGGCGCAUUAGACUCAAGUAAACAUGGCAAUUGAAGCAGUUUUGGCUCAGAAUAAGUUGGAUGCCUUACAGACUGCUUUCACAAUCAAAAAUGCUGAUUCCUAUAGAAAUUUACAGUUCAUCAAUGAAUGUAUGGUAUGAGUUGCAGGUCAGGUUUCUGUUUCAGUUGUUAAAUGAUUUCUCCCUGCUGAGCUCUCUCUCCCUCUCCCUCUCCCUCUUCCUCUCCCACACCCACCAAGCUUUGCCAAAUUCAAACUUGGACAGGCAAAACAACCUUCCAACAUGAUUGAAUUCACGGAGGCUAAAGGAAAAAUGCUCCUUCUAGUCUAUCAUUUAUUUUUAUUAUUUGAAAAAAGCUAUUUUUCAAAUGCCUUCAGGGUGCCUAACUGAACAUUUCACAAUUUAAAAAGGAAACAAAAUUAGGAAUUACCCAUGGAUUGCAAGAUAAAGUAUAGAUUUGGCUCACAAAUAUUUUUACUUUGGUUGUUUACCAAUCGUGUAAUGCAGUUUAGCUCUUCUAGGGCCCUCCCCAAACCCAAACCUGAGGUAUAAAAUAUUUUCACAGGCUUAGAAAUGUGUGCAUGUACAGAACUGCAGCAGUAAAACAGUUUGGGGUCGAAGAAAGAGGGCCUCUAAAAUGUCAUUUCUAGAGCACAACAGACAAGGAUUGCAUCACAGGAUGUCAUCAACUCCCAUCCCUAUUUAUAGUGUUGCUUUUAAAUUAACCCAGAAUGAACAACCAUAUAGUUCUGGGUCUGGAGAACCGAUCUAUAAAUAACCGAUCUUCUUCCUUUUUUAAAAGAACAACUUCUCUUGUAAGUUGAGUCACCUACCCAGGGAUUCUCCCAACAUACAGAGGAAAAUGCAGAAUUGGGGACACUUCUUGUGUCCUUGGGUGAAUCACUGAGAUAUUUUCCUGCGCUUUAUACAGAUUGAGGGGGACAGAAUUCUGGGCUGUGCCACUUCAGACUAGAGAUGGACACGAGGGUUGCAUUUCUGAAUGCUCAUAAAGUAGCACACCAGGGAAAGAGCCUCCUUGGUCUUUGAGUUGCCAGUUCAGGGCAUGCAGCAAACUUUUAUGUUACAGAAAGAGUUCAGUAGGUCUCUGCUUCCUUGCAGUCUAAGGUGCAGGGAAGCAUCCCAGAAGGUGCAACCCAAAAUCUUGUCAAUUUAGUCCAUGGGUAGGCAAACUAAGGCCCGGGGACCGGAUCCAGCCCAAUCGCCUUCUCAAUCCGGCCCAUGGACAGUCCGGGAAUCAGCGUGUUUUUACAUGAGUAGAAUGUGUCCUUUUAUUUAAAAUGCACCUCUGGAUUAUUUGUGGGGCAUAGGAAUUCGUUCAUCCCCCCCCCAAAAAAAAGUAGUCUGGCCCCUCACAAGGCCUGAGGGACAGUAGACCGGCCCCCUGCUGAAAAAGUUUGCUGACCCUUGGUUUAGUCAAUACAAUGUCUAGAACUGUUCUCUGCCUCUCCCUUCUUACUUUAGCAGAGUGAUGCCAGUAAGUGGAAUACCCCACUGCAAUACCCCAAAGGUAAUGAGAGACUGGGCAUACAGGAGGAGACUAUCUUACAGCUCCUCCUCAUGAUGGUUUCAUUCCUGGAAGCGUGGGCAACCCUAGUGUGGGAGUUGAAGUAGCCUCCUGUUGCUCCUUAAGGUAUUUGAGCAUGGCAGGGAGAAGAUCUAUCUGCCAGUGUGGUGCCAGUAGUGAAAGUAUUGGACCCGAACCAGUGAAACCUCAGCCACCAAGCUCACCCAGGUAGCCUUGGGCCCAUCUCUUGGUCUAACCUGGGUUUCCCAAACAGGGGUCUCCAUCUGUUUUUGGACGACAAAUUCCCAUCAUCCCUGACCACACUGGUCCUGCUAAGCUAGGGAUGGUGGGAGCUGUUGUCCACAAACAGCUGGAGACCCAAGUUUGGGAAACCCUGGUCUAACCUCACCUCACAGGUGUGGUAUUGUAGAUAAAAUGGGGUGGGAAAGAACCAUGUGCACUGCCUUGAACUCUGAGGAAAGGUGAGAUGUGUAUGUACAGUAAUCCCACAAUGCAGAUUUAACUUUUGCACAUCAGUUUGCAUGCAUUCAGCUUUAUGUGCUGGCAAAAAAAAAUUUAAAAUUGAAAGGGGGUGGGCAUUCGGGGGGGGGAGACAUUUGUAUUCCCACUUGCCAGUGUGUUUUGACUAUUUUGGCUUCAGAUGCGACCCCCAAAAUGUAACCCGUGCGUAAAUUGCGGGCUAACUGUAUUAAAAUAAACUGCUAGGAGCCACAGGUACAUCACUUCCCUGAUUGUCUUUAAAAGCAUGAAAAAGCAUCUGGGCGGAUGGAUGUUAAAUGAAUCAGCAGUUCAGAUUGAUCUUUACUCCAAAGAAACCUGGCACAUCAUGGCUGGAGCAGGUUCCUUUUAAAGCAUGCUCAAGCAAAGGCCAUCAAAGCAGAUGGUGAUUAUUGAAGUAAAAUAAUUGCAGGAGAGCUUCAUUUGGGGGAAAAACAGAUAAAGCAAAAAGAGGUUGGGUGUUACGGGAGCUAAACUGGGAAUAAUUUGCAAACAUGCUUGGAUUUGUUGACUGUAAUAAUCAGUCUGAAGGGAUUGACUAGUUUUUUUAAGUUUAUAGAACUGAAGAUUCUUGGGACAAAGUCCUCCGCCUGAACUUAUGCAUAGCUUGGAUGACACACAGUCCUUUUGGCAAACAGUACAGUCACGUUUCAGAGUUUCUUCUCUUGAGUGGUGCGGUAUGAAAUUUUAAUGCUGAAUUGUCUCACUGAGAUUGUGGAAGUUUCCACAGCAAGAAAAGAUUUCUUUUUCUGUUGCAACCAGAUAUCUCUCCGUUUCAAGCUGCUGAACAGAGGCAAUAAAACAGCAGAAGUCAACAAAAUAAAUUUGACUGUAUUCUUUGCUAUUGCUCCCGAGCUGUGUAUUACUGUAUAGGCUGACUUGCAAAUGCCUCUAUUGUGCCAAGGUGGUUUGUGCGUGGAGAAAAGUCCUGAUUACUGCAAGGACUCUUAGAGGCGGGUGCAGUUUAUAUCCACCUCUGCCCCAAGUUGGCAUUGCUCUGCUGGAUCCUAGUCUGUGAGGGCUGGGGCGCUUGUGUCAGGAAUGGAUAGUAAGGUGCAAUAGGGUUUUGGGGUUCUGGCUCUUGUCCAUACUGCAGCACUAUCCCAAAGGGCAGCAGUUGACUUUUCCCCAUGUGAGCAAAUGGCAAUCCUUCAUUUAUGUGGCAGGAAGGAAAGGGAUGCAUUUAGGACACUUGGAAUGAGGACCAAACCUGUUUUCUGGCCCAAGUAAACCCCAGCCAAUGAGAGUCAAGCACUUUCUCCCCCUCCCCAAAAGCUUUAUCAAUGGUUUUCGUUGGACACCCUAUAGCAUGGUAGAGAGUUGCAAACUGGCUUUUAGAUUAUUUCAAGUGGGACCAGAAGCAAAUUUCUGAAGUGUGGAAUGCUUCUGCUUAGGGAGCCAUCCAGUAUGUCUUCUUUCAGGGUAUUUCAUUCAAUUCUUCCACCCCCUGAUUUUCCUCUUCUUUCUCCCCCCCCCCCCCAAAAAAGCCAUUUAAUGUGCUCAGACCUCAUUCAUCUGUUUUGGACUCUUCCCCCACUUUUCUGUUAUAAUUUUCGGUACUUCUGUAAGCUUAGAGUUCCUCCACGCCUGCUGAAAUCUCCUUUGUGUGUGAAUGAUGCCAUUUGGACUACACAAAGAUCCGUGCUCAGAGCUCGCUAUGCCAUAUCUAUGAUUACCUUGCUUGAAACCAUUGGUUCUUCAGAAUAUUCCUCCCAAAUGUUCCUCUUUUAUUGCACCUCUUGGUUGUCCCUAUUUUUCCGCUUCUUUGACAUCUUUUCUGCCUCUUUGUUUUUUGUUUAUGAAACCAUGUUGGGAAUAGUGAUCCCGCAGCCUGGAGUCACAUGCCCAGUGGUGGCGCCGUCGUAGCCCGUCUGCUUUGGUUAUGUAGUGAUGCCAUGAAAUCAAUUCAAAGUUGAAGGCCGUGUUUCCUGAAGUCCCUCUGAAUGGGUGGCUGCCUUUGCCCAUGUGUGCAGUGUCCUGGAAAAAAAUAUAUGUAAAGGAGGGUGCUUUUAGUUAGGGAGGGAGUUUGUGGUGCGUACCCAAUAUCAGUUUCUCCUCAGUUUUUAAAGAAAGAAAGGCAGCAGGAAAGACAAAAACACCACAAUGUUUAAAUGUCACAAGUUAAUGCACUCAGUACUCCAUGUCGGGCUGGUGGGUGGGAAGGUAAAAAUGAUUUCUGGACUUGAGUCUGGCAGUAUCAGGCCUUCUUAUAACUUUGGUUGACACAUGGAUUCAGCUGGCCAGGAGAAGACUCAUCAAUGCCAGGAAUUACAUUUUGAAAGUGGAUGAAUGUGCUACAGAAAGCAUAGCCAAAAGGCAGAUGGCUCUAAUCCACCAUAUACACGCAAACGUUGGAAGAAUUGUUCUUAAUUAUGCACAUUAUAACUUUCAAAUUAACUUCAGCUUAUAUGUUUCCAGUGCAGUUCUUUUGAGCAAGACAGCCUGCCUAUGUCUGCUAAAGAGCCAGCAUAGUUUGGUACAGUGGUUUGAAACUUCUUGGGCCAGGGGACAAAUUUGGAAUUUUUAAAGAAUUGUGUGGGCACCAGUCACAAAAUGGCUACCCCAAGAUGGCGUGGCUUGACACAAAAUGGCUGCUGUGAGGGUGUGGUUGACACAGAAUUGGGAGUACUAGUAUUCCUAUAUAGCAAAGCAUCAACUGAUUGGGAGACCAGGGAGGGUUUAAAUCCCUGCUUGGUCAUGAAGUUCAUGGGGCAAUUUUCAGUCAUUCACUCUCUUUCAGCCUAACCUACCUCAUAGGACAGGCAUGGGCAAACUUGGCCCUCCCUAGCUAACAGUGCCAGUGGUCAGGGACGAUGGGAAUUGUAGCUGCCUGGAAGAUAUAGUUGGCAUGCGUCUAUCUCGAGAGACAAUGAAGUGCAUCUCUGAGGGUGAAGUAAAACCACUGUGUUAGCAGCACCGAAGUGACCUCCCCAGGGCAUAAGCUUGGGUAGUGUGAACAGUCCUGAGACCUACAAGUAUACAGUGGUACCUUGGUUUAAGAACAGCUUAGUUUAUGAACAACUUGGAUUAAGAACGCUGCAAACCUGGAAGUAGGUGUUUUGGUUUGUGAACUUUGCCUUGGAAUAAGAAGAUGUUUCGCUUCCUGUUGAGUGUGUUCCAUUUGUAAAUUGAGUCCUACGCUGCUAUGGAAAAGCACACCUUGGUUUAAGAACGCUUUGGUUUAAGAACGGACUUCCGGAACGGAUUAAGUUUGUAAACCAAGGUACCACUGAAAAGGCAGUGUAAAAAUGUAAUUAAUAAUAAUAACAACUUGUUUCUGUCAAAAUGUUUAAAAAAUUACCCUGAACUUCUCACCAUUCUCAUUAAUGAUUAUUAUUCGCACGUUUUAUGCAUCAUCUCAUUUGGCCCAUAGGCUGUCUCUCUGCCCUUGAAGGGUGUUUCAAGAUGGGCAGCUUCCUGUGCUUUUAUUUCAACAACAUGGAAAAGCAAAAAAAAUAUGGAUAUUACUUUGGCCCUGCAAUUGUGGUCUAUGGAACAGAUUGGCAAGGGCGGGCAGGGCGGGAGUUGCAGCUUUGUUCACGCUAAAGGGGUUGGGGGUGGCCUGGGGCACCGAUCCAUCUUCCUCCCACACUGCUGUGCGGAUGACCCUUACCCAGACAGGAAUGCCAGAUCCCUGUGGUUAAAAUAAUAAUGACUUGAAUGGGACACGAAGGGCCCAUUUUCUUCUAGGUUAAAUGUGGAUGUUUAUGAUGAUCUCUGGAGCAUUUGCGCAGAUACAUUUGCACGUAUCUGAAAUAGCUUUCUCGAGCAAUAGCUUGUUUAGUGCUGCCAUCUAAUGAGCUCCCUUCAACCGACUUGCCUGCAGAAUGGCUGAUUCUCUUCUGUGCUGCCUGCCCAGCAGUCCUCUGUUUCUUGCCUAAACCUGCCUGAAGGCAAUGUCGUUCUAAGGCUCUGAAAUGCCACGUGCCUUGUAGAAAAGCAUCCCAACCAAGUUUGUGGUUCUGUUUCUGCCAAGGUGCCGUUCGCCUUCGGCUUGCAUAAAGGCAGGGAGACCUAGAGUCUGCAGAUGGUGUCUUAUAGAUUAUUUAUUUAAAAACAGGAUGGCACAAGGACUCUAAGAGAUCAUACAUUGGCUCCUCCCCCCCCUUUUCAUAAAAUGUCUUGGGAUAUUAUAUUGUGCACAGCACAGUGUUCCUCAGGGAAGAAGUCUGUAUAAGGCAGGGUUUGCCGAAUAUGCCCCUUAAGAAUAAUAGAAUUGUAGAGUUGGAGAGCAUCCAGGACAGAUUGACAGAGUACUGGUCACUAUCACAAUCCCUUGGUGCCAGCCCAAUAGUGGGGAGGGACUAAUGGCUGUGGCAAACGGGAUGUCCUAAUAGCCCACUGGGGUGGGGCUGGACUACCAUCUUCCAUGCGCUCCUCAUGUGCCUCCGCCUCCCAUAAAACUAGUUCUAAGUCCUUUGCAGACUAGUAAGGCACCAGGUUAAUCAUCUGAUUUCUCAGUCCACCCACCCCCCUCCAGAUACAGUCGUACCUUGUUUUGCGACCAGGAUCCAUUCCGGAGCCCUGGAUGCUAAACGAAAAGGAUGCACAACAACGCACCACUCUGCAUAUGCACGCAGAGCAGUAAACCAGGAAGUAACCCGCUCUGGUACUUCCAGGUUUGCCGCGAACGUUUGCCGAAAUGGACGCUCGACGAGGCGGACUCAAAACGAGGUACUUACUGUCCAUUAGGUUACUUAGACCAUUAGCUGAAUAAGUGUUGGCAUUUCAUGCAGCAGAAAGCUGCAGUUCCUACAGCUCUGUGAUGUUUUUCCACUAUUUCAUUCAGCUCUCUAAAUAAUAAACACUCUCAAAAGGCUGCAUUUCAUUAGUGGGGGGGGGGGGGAAUUCCUACCUCUUUUCCCCAACCACGACUCGUAAAUGUACCUAAUUCAUAGGAACUGCACCAAUUCAUAUUUUCCUGGAACAAUAGCAAUCAGAGAAUGGCUCAAGCCCAGAGAAUGUAUCUGGAGUUGUCUGAUGUAGUUCCAUCUCUGAAGAUGCGCAGGUCUGAGCCUGGUUAGUACCUGAGCAGGAGACUGUCUGGAGGAAAGGUGGGAUUUAAAGGGAAAUACUUUAAACACACACAGCACUUAGUAGCCAAGCACCUAUUUUUUGAUCAAGUCAAUAGUUUCACUGGAAGGUCACUUCUAAGAAGUAGGGCUUUGAGGGACUGCUGUCCUGCCUCUAAACUGACCCUUAUCAAUGCAAAGUUGGGAACUGGAGGAUGGAGGAAAUAAGGUAGCACUCAUUUAGAGGCUAAAUUUUGCACAUAGGUUGCCAGUUGCUGCUAACCCCAAACAUGGAUGAAAGCUGCACCUCCAAAAGUAAACUUCCGCCUGAGGUUGAAAUUUUAUUUUCACAUGUGUUAUGUUCCAAUCCCUUCUCAAGGGCACAUAGACAAUGUUUCAAUUAAACCAAGCCUCAGAUAUACAGUGGUGCCCCGCAAGACGAAUGCCUCGCAAGAUGAAAAACCCGCUAGACGAAAGGGUUUUCCGAUGCGCUUCGCAAGACGAAUUUCCUAUGGGCUUGCUUCGCAAGACGAAAACGUCUUGCGAGUCUUGCAAUUUUUUUCGCUCCCCCCCCCUUUUUCUAAGCCGCUAAUAGCCGCUAAGCCUUUAAUAGCCGCUAAACCGCUAAUAGCGCUAAUCCGCUAAGCCGCUAAUAGGGUUGCUUCGCAAGACGAAAAAACCGCUAGAUGAAGAGACUCGCGGAACGGAUUAUUUUCGUCUUGCGAGGCACCACUGUACAAUAUUAUUGCAUGGCACGCCUUCUUUUUCAAAAUCUGACAAGUCACAAAAAAAAAUAAAAGAAAAAGCCCUUAUUGUUUUGACCCAGGCUUGAAAUCUUGUUCCAGAGAGUAUCUUGGAGCUCAACAGAAAUCCCCACCUCCAACCACAUGUCUUCAGUUUCUGACCACUGGCUCCUCUUCUCGUUUACAGAGUGGAGGCUGCGAGGGGGAGAUUUUCAGUGGAGAAGUGGAACCGUGAGAGAGAAGGAUAUGUCAUGGACACAGAAUCAUAGAAUCUUAAGAGUUGGAAGGGAUCCGAGGGUCAUCUAGUCCAGCCCCCUUACAAUGCAAGAAUGUCAACAAAAGCAUCCAUGGCAGACGGGCCAUCCAGCCUCUGCUUAAAAACCUCCAAGGAAGGAAAGCCCACAGCCUCUCAAGGGAGAAGUGUUUUUGUUUUGUUUUAAAAGUAGAUUUGCUGUGCUACAGCAGCAAAGCAUUAUUAUAAUAAUAAUAACCAUUAAGAAAUUAUAUACCACCCUUCUUCAAAAGGCCACCUUUUUUUUUACAGCAUAGCAACAUAAACCACCUAAUGCAAAUACAUAGCAUAAUCUUCAUUAAAUACAAAAAGCAUAAUAUAAUUAUAUAAACACGGUUCAUAAUAAUUAGCAAUGUAUAAUAAUGCAUAAUGCCGAAAGAAUACUUAAUAGUACAUAAUAAGCAUCAGGGUCAAUUUUUUCACCCUGUCAACUUUCUUUGGGGGGGGGAAUUGGUGGUGUUUAAUAAAUAAGUCUGCCCAGCAGCAAACCCUAGAACUCUUCCCCCCUACAAACACAAGAGCCUAAUAACAUCGGAGGUUAUUAUCUGCUCAUCUCAGGUACAACUAAUUCACUUUAAUUGCCCAGAUCUAAGUUUCUUGUGUGCACUUGAAUCCCUCCCACAAAAUACUGGCAGUCUGAGGUUGAUGCCAGGAUCAUGCGGAGGCAGCGGAACACAACGUGAGGUCCCCAGCUCUUGGAAACCCGUGAAGGGUUAAGAAGAACGACAGAGUUAGUUCGCUGCGCAGUGAGAUGAGGAGACAUCUACUUGCACAGCCAGGGCAGCGUAUUACUCAACGUGUUAAUUAAAUUAAAUCAGAACUUGUUUUGAAUUGAGUGGGAAAGUAUCAGGCGAAGAGAACUCGAGCCAUUCCUGGCUCAUUUGUUGCAAAAAGAAGCUAUCUAAACGGGUGGCCAGCCUACAGCUUGCUGUUUUCCCAGGCAGCAAGCAUUUGCUUGUGCUUUUCUGUAUGUUUCCUCGUCCAAAAUCUUCACCACUUGGGAAACAAUUUGCAUUAGUUCUUCAUGCGUUUCUGCCUUUUGUGUCCAAGAAGCUUGACAUAACACACGUGUGUGUGUGUGUGUGUGUGUGUGUGUGUGUGUGUUAACUUGGCAGGGCUUCACUUCCUUCUCUGCCCCCCCCUUUCUUUUUGGAACUUGCUACAAUAUAUUUUUCUGAUAACUUUCCAAGAACUGCAGCGUUGUUAAUGAUUUUUGGAGCCCUUAAACAAAUUGCUUAUGUGUGUAGAAUGUGCUUCUCUGCCCAUAUGUGAAAAAAACAAAAACCCUUUGGGUUCUUUUGUCCAGUCUUACAGCAGGCUUGCAGAUGGCUUGGUCACCUGUGGCGAGUAGGAUUGCUUUCAGGCAGGGGUGCAUAACAUAUUGUUUUGCGGAAAUACUGAGUUAGGCGAAAUUGCGUACAAAGAACUGUUAGGGGAAAUUUGCACUAAAAUGUUGAUGAAUUUUCAUGGGGGCUUUUUUUUUUAAAGCUAUAAGCGGAUGUGGAAAUAUAGUUAAGUCGAUUUAAGAUUUGGAAAAAUGAGAAACUGAAGUAAAGCUAAAUGGACGGAUUCACCCAUCCCUAAUUUACACAGCGUGGUUUUGUAUUAAUGGUUUACGAUUAUCACAUCUCUCUGUAAAUUGCAUUGGAGUAAACAUUUUCCUAACAAACAAACAAAAAGCGUAUAAAAGCAGAUAUUUAAAAGUGAGUGGCUUCUUGCUGGGAUCAUUGUUUUGACCAUGCUGCAAGCUACAUAGUGGGGAGCUUGCUUGGCAAGCUGGACUGGUUUCCAGCAUCCUAAGAAUUCACAGUCUAGCUGUUGCUCCUCCUCUGGGUAUUUUCCAAGCUCUGCCCUCUUCUAGCACCACCCAUUCUAUUCAGUAUGUCAUACCUGAUGAUUUGAGGUAGUGCUAUUUGAAAUUGACGUGCUGUGGAUGUUCUUAGUGGUACUGCGUGGUAGGUGAAUCUUUGCCCCAGCCCCACAACAGGAGGAGGGGCCAGGCCAUAUAGGUCAGAAUCAUAGAAUCUUGGAAGGGACCCAAGAGUCAUCUUGUCCAACCCCCUGCAAUGCAGGAAUCUCCAUGACAGAUGACCAUCCAACCUCUGCUUUAAAACCUCCAAGGAAGGAGAGUCCACAACCUCCCGAGCGAGACAGUUCCAUUGUCAAAAAGCUCUUACCGUCAAAAAGUUUUUCCAUAAGUUUAGUUGGAAUCUCCUUUCUUGUGACUUAAAGCCCAUUGGUUCGAGUCCUACCUUCUACAGCAGAAGAAAAGACGCUUGCUCCAUCUUCCAUGUGACAGCCCUUGAGAUAUUUGAAGACAGCUGUGGGUUAAAUCACAGAGCCUAGGACUUGCCGAUCAGAAGGUUGGCGGUUCAAAUCCCCGCGACGGGGUGAGCUCCCGUUGCUCGGUCCCUGCUCCUGCCAACCUAGCAGUUCGAAAGCACGACAAAGUGCAAGUAGAUAAAUAGGUACCACUCCGGCGGGAAGGUAAACGGUGUUUCCGUGCGCUGCUCUGGUUCACCAGAAGCGGCUUAGUCAUGCUGGCCACAUGACCUGGAAGCUGUACGCCGGCUCCCUUGGCCAAUAAAGCGAGAUGAGUGGCGCAACCCCAGAGUCUGUCACGACUCGACCUAGUGGUCAGGGGUCCCUUUACCUUUACCUUUAUCAUACCUUCUCUCAGUCUCCUCUUUUCCAGGCUAAACGUACCCAGCUCCUUCAACUGUUCCUCAUAAGGCUUGGCUUCUAGAAGUGUUCCAUCUCUUCAUACAGAAUUCAGUGAAGACACAACCUUGCCCAUUUUGCCUGGGAAGGGCUGUAGCAUCUGCUUUGCAUUCAUAGGGUCCCGGGUUUGAUCCCUGGCGCCUCCAAACAGGGCAGGAAAUGUCCCCUGCCUGAAACCCUAGAGAGAGUUACUGCCAGUCAGUGGAGACAGUACUGAGCUAGAUGGACCAAUGGUCUGACUCAAUAGGCUUUCUAGGCCUAAUAUUUUGAAAGCAUGGUAAUUUUUGCAUCUGCUAUUUCUUCUGCAGGAAAAGAAAAUCAGAGUUUCCCUGCCUUUGACAAGAGGACCAAGUGCCUUUAUACCAGAAAAGGAAGUAAGUUUAUUUCCCGCACCUUAAAUGUGCAAUAAUGAUGACGGGACAGAUUCCUGUUGAAUGAUGUUCCCCCCUGCACCCUAUGUUUCUUCCUGAGUGUAGUGUCUAAACAGCUUUGACCCCAGGUUUAUAUCAGGCAGGUGACCGCUUGGAUUAAAUUUCUUGGAUGAGAAUUCCAGAAGGGAAACUCACCUAGGAAACUCGCCUGUUCAGCUCAGUCACAUGACCUGGCAACCUGGCAUAGAACUCUGUUUUAAAGGCUUGUUUUCCCUCUGCCAGGCUUAGGCAGAGCAGUAGCUCCUGUCCUUGCCGCUGAACGGGGCUUGGAUCUGGUGUAAACAUAUGCUUACACCUGCGUUCUUUAUGCCAGUUUCUUGGGCAUGCAAGCAUGCAUUCUGUUGUGUGUUUCUGCAGGCUUUAAUUUCUACUGAAUGUUUAUUUGCUAAAAAGAUUUCUGGAUGCACGGAAUUGUUAAAAACCCUUUAAUAAAGUAGGCUGUGAUUAUAGAAGUUUGUGCAACAGUAGAUAUUCUGUAGAGGCUAUCUCACCAACAAGUUCUACAGAGAUGGAGUAAACCACCAUUUGAACUUAGUUUGUGGUUGUUAUAGUUGUUUGUUUUUGGAAUGGUCAUAGCUCCUCGAGGGUCUCAUAAAAAAGGUGUUGAAUAUAAUAAUAAUAGUAGUAGUAGUAGUAAUACAUUUAUUGUCAAUGUACAGUCUGUGUACAAUGAAAUUAACCAAGCCUCCCCCCCCAAACACUCAAUUUCAUUGCACUCUGUGUGCAUGUCGCACAACACACCAACCCCAAAAGUCAGUUGCACUAUACUAUUUUCCAUUCAGCAGCUUAACAGCCCACAGAUAGAAACUGUUUUUUAGCCUGUUGGUACGACUGAUUAUAGUACAGUAUAGAGGUAAAUAUAAGUAUCCUCCCUAGCUAGCUUGUUUUGCUUAUGUUCCCUGUAGGUUAUCCAAGCCAACAGUCUGAAUGAACGCAUGCACCUGCUUGUGGAAGAAUAUUCUACAUCGGGCCGCCUAGACAACAUCACCCAGGUCAUGAGUUUACACACUCAAUACCUGGAGUCUUUCCUUCGCAGCCAGUUCUAUAUGUUGCGUAUGGACGGGCCUCUUCCUUUGCCCUACCGGCACUACAUUGCAAUCAUGGUAUGUACUCAGAAACUCUACCUCUUAUUGUUUCCUUCCCGGUUGUAGUUGACAUUUGUAUCCUUUCCAGCGCUUCUGCAAAUCGAACCAACAUUUAUUUGUUUCACUUUGUGAGGGUUUAAAAAGAAAAGAAAAAGGGUGCUAUCUCACAAGUCUGGCAUUUUUAAGAGCUUUAAAUUCCAGCAGCUGGACUUGAGGCAGGAUCGAGCCUGGCUUCAGAAGAAAGGCACCAAUCCCAGAGUAUUAAGGGAUUUAUACCAGAGCUUGCAUCCCAAGGUGAUUGACAUGCAGCCAUAAAUGAAAUUGCUUCCCUGCGAUCAAUGACAUGGACUAUGUGCUGGAUACUGUUAUAGAAUAUAUAUUUCACAUGCAGGAACACUCAGCGCUGCACUCUGAAUAAGUUAUAUGGAUUUAGUUAUUCAGUAAAUAAAUUUUAUUUAUUUACAGAAUAAAUUUAUAAAUUCUCAGCAGUGAUCUGCUUCCCUUGGAACCUCAGGCCCAAGGCAGAAUGUGGUUCCCCAGGCCUCUCUAUCUGGCUGUUUGACCUCUCCUCAGAGCAGUCCCCUCAUUGGCCUUGCUUCCCACACCAGGUGUCUUUGUGUUCUUGCCUGGCUGGAAUAUGUCAUGGCUCAGUAAGGAUCUGAACUUACUGAACAAAGAUAUUUAUCUCCAGUCCAGGCCCAGCAGUUGAGCCACCACACACCACCUGUUCCUCUUUAAAUUUCCAUUUAAAAUAAGUAAAAUGCAAAGCAUAGUCCUUAAAUUGCCAAAUCCUGCAAGUAGUCAAAAUAUGUUACUUAGCAUUCAAAUGCUCAAAGUGUUUCACAUAUAUUAGUCUGUCAACAACAAUCUAUGAAGUCCUGUAAAAAUGAAUCAAUAUUCUUAUGCCCAUAGUGCAGAGGAGAGGACUGAGGCUGAAAGCUGGUGCUUUUCCCAAGGCCACGUUUUGAAUUCACGGCAAAAUUUGAAGUAGGGAUUUGGCUGGAAGUGUCCUGGCUGCUCUGCUAGGGCAUACUUGCAGACGUUCAGUAUGCACAUUUAUCGCUUGCUUGGUUUUAAAAAUCAUGCUUUUCAAAACAGGUUUCUUGCUCUAUCAUCUGCCUUUCUGUCAGAGAAAACAAACUGGAAUUUCUUGCACAUGUGUUUAAUGCGUGGUUCUCCGCCUUUAAGACAAUGCAUUUUUCUCUCUUGUGCCUGCGCUCUCCUCCUUUCCUCAAGGAGAGUAGGCAGGUUUCGAUCAGCUCACUUUCAUCUUUGUUUCCGACUCCAGGCUGCUGCCAGGCACCAGUGUUCCUACCUUAUAAACAUGCAUGUGGAUGAGUUCCUGAAGACUGGAGGGAUCCCAGAAUGGCUGAAUGGCUUGGAAUACGUUCCACAAAGACUGAAAAACCUGAAUGAAAUCAAUAAGCUUCUUGCACAUCGACCCUGGCUAGUUUCAAAAGAGCACAUUCAGGUAUUUACUACAAAUGAGAAACGAUCCAGUAUUUGCAUAUGUGUAAAUUACUACAGUGUCUAUGUGUGCGUUGUUGUUUUUUAAAAGGAAUAAGGUCUGGGAAGGAGGGAAUCUCAUUCAAACGUCUUCUUUUUUAACCUGGUGAACUUGGCUUGGGUUUGUUUGUUUGAGUUUCUUGGAGCCAAUUUCUUUGUAGGGACUUUCUUCUGCAGUGGGCCUGCCUAGGAAUCCUAUUUAAGCUUUUUUCAGAAGAGUGGUGUAAUGGCUAAGUAGUUUUUGCUCAAGCAAUAACAGGGGGAGAGAGAGAAGUCAGUGAUUUUUUAAAAACAGCAUCCAGGAUACAGAAACGGCCACUUACAAUCCUGGUUAAAGGCACAAGAGCCCAUAGGAGCAUAGGAAAGUGCCUUAGGCCAGUGGUCCACCUUGGUAUAUCUAGCUCAGUAAUGUCUACACUGGCUGGCAGUGGCUCUGCGAAGUGUCAGGCAGGGGACAUUCCCAGUCCUACAUGGAUUUGGUACAGACUGACCUUGCGAUAAUGUGUAUACAAAGCAGAUGUUCUGUCACUGAGCUAUGGCCCUUCCCAUCUGUUGCCCAGAAAAAGGCAAGGGUUGGGAAAGGCUGGUAGUGCCUAAAUAGUGCUUACUUGUGACUUUUUAAAAAAUGUAUUUUAUUUAUACUUUUCAGAUAUAUACAUUUCACUAAUUUAACAAUCAUGUUGACAUUUUAAAACUUGGCUUCUUUCCCCCUCUUUCUAUGGUUCCUUAAAUUUAUUUUUAAUAUCUUCUGCAUAUCCAAAUUAACUUAACACAGUCAUUUAUUUAUCUUCUUUAUAUAUAUAUAUACCCUUAUGUAGCUGCAGGUUAUUACAAUAAUCCUGCCGGUGUUUCUAUUUGUUUACAAUAUAUAUGUAAAUAUUCAAUAAGCCAUUUCCAUUCUUUUAUAAAAAGUUUGUUAUCUUGAUUUCUUACUCUUCUGGCAAGUUUCGCCAUUUCUGGGUAUUCCAUAAGUUUUUGUAUCCGUUCCUCCUUUUCUGGGACUACUUCUUUUUUCCAUUUUGGGGCAAGUAACAUUCUUGUCGCUGUAGUUGCAUACAUGAAAAAAUUUCUAUACAAUUUAGGUAGUUCUAUCCCUAUAGGGGACGCGGGUGGCGCUGUGGCUUAAACCACAGAGCCUAGGAUUUGCUGAUCAGAAGGUCGGCGGUUCGAAUCCCCGCGACGGGGUGAGCGCCCGUUGCCCGGUCCCUGCUCCUGCCAACCUAGCAGACCCAGAAGCUGUACGCCGGCUCCCUCGGCCAUUAAAGCGAGAUGAGCGGCGCAACCCCAGAGUCAGUCACGACUGGACCUAAUGGUCAGGGGUCCCUUUACCUUUUUAUCCCUAUAAUUUGCAAGUGAAAGGCUUCUGGGUUUUUCGUAUAACAUUUCCCAGUAACCCUUAACCUUCCUACAAGACCACCACAUAUGAUAAAAAGAACCUUCUUUCUCUUUACAUUUCCAACACUCAUUUGAUUUAGUUUUAUACAUUUUUGCAAGUUUACUUGGUGUUAGUUGCCAUCGAUAUAUCAUUUUCAUACAAUUUUCUCUUAAACCAUAGCACGCUGUAAAAAAAAAAAUUUCCCUUGUGACUUGGCAGCCUUCUGGCAUCAUUUGAUACUGAUGCUCCCAACUUACCCCUCUCAAAAUGGAAACUUGGAAGAGACCAGAUAACUGUUGCCUUCCUGUCACUGGAAUAUUCCGUCUCCUUCCUGUGUCUGCAUCUAACAUAUAUGCAUAUGUCUUCCUUUUUUCAUCCGUUUCAGAAACUUGUCAAGACAGGGGAAAAUAAUUGGUCUCUUCCAGAACUGGUGCAUGCUGUGGUCCUCUUGGCACACUACCAUGCCUUGGCAAGCUUUGUCUUUGGUAGUGGCAUCAAUCCAGAGAGAGAUCUCGAUACCUCGAACGGCUACAGGCUCAUAUCAGUUAACAAUUUCUGUGUCUGCGACCUUGCCAACGACAACAACAUUGAAAACGCGUCCCUCAUCAGUAACAACUUUGGGGUUAGUCUUGCCAGAUUUUUUUUUCUUUAAUUCCCAUUUUGCUUGUCCCACUUUUUUUUCUUACUUUUUUUGGAAGGGGUUUGCAGGGUGGAGAGGAGGUGCGUUUACUGCUUGUGGUUGGGUUGAGAGAUUAGCUUUUCCGAUGUUUGUCAGGGCUGGGAAAUAGGGAGCUGAAACUCAAACCCCAGAAGAAUUGGGAUCUGAGUUGAGUGGGGUGUUUCAGGCAGAUCCGAAAGAGAGGUCAGUUGAGAGGCAAGCUAGCUCUGCAGGACAGAAUCGAGAUGUCGGUUUCAGGGUAGGGGAAGCAACACUGGACUGCAAACGCAGCACUAACAUGAAAUACAUUUCUCUUUCGCAAAUUGUAAGUAGUGCAAACUCUCACCGGAACACCACUUUGCUGCUGGUGGUCUAUGGCCAUAAUAAACUGAUUGAACACUACUUCGCUCCUCCCUCCCGGUCCCAUUUCCCCACACCUUGGUGUCUUCACUGGAACCAGCAAAAUGACAGGCAGUCUUGAAAAGAGCCUUAUUCUGUUGCCCAGGCAGUGUCUGAGGUUGCAUCUGAAAGCACUUAAUAGCCAUGUGAGGUCAGGAGGAAUCAGUGGGUUGCUGGGAGGGGCAGACCCAUGCCAGAACAUGGGAGGAUCAUGUUACUCCUUUCUUCUCUGUUGCUCAGUUCUUCUCCUCCCAACAUCUGGAUGAUCAUAAACAUUUUCACCCUCAUCCUUAGGGUGACCAAAUUCUCCUCUGCUACCGUUUUUAUUCCAAGUGACAACAGUCUAGUUCCAUCUUGUUCCAACCAGAGCCUGUCCCUUUUGUACAGCCCUAAAUAGCAAACCUUUCUAGAGGAAGGAGCUACAAAGAGCUCUUGGGUUCUUCCAGACGACUAAAAAUUGCCUUUUCUAAGAUGGCUUUCGCAUUCCUUACCAAGGAUUCUGCUGGCCGUAUAAAUCAUGCAAUUACGUUUACAAAACGUCAGUAGGCAGAGGUAACAAAUAGUUGUCAUUCUGUAAUAGUGACUUACUUACGAAAAGAAAAGUUGCUUUCUCAAAUGAUGUGUCACAACUUCUUUGGGAUACUAAAAAGGGGGAUCAGAUAUCAUUGAUUGACUGGCUUAGAGUAAAGUGAUACAGGUAGAUUGGGGGCAAAAGUGACAGUGUGCGGACUCUUAGGGGCUGAACUGGCAAAUGCACAGCAGCAUAUCGGAUUGGAAUUUGCAAAGAAGAGCCUGGCACAAAAGAACUAAAGGAACGGGCUGGGUAUGGUCAGAGCUUGUGGGUUCUGCAGCUGCAUUUCAAACACAGAAAGUGAUUCUAGACCCAAAAACAAGCUUCCGGAGGUUCUCUGCUUUCAUUUUAAAACAGAAAGGAAGUUUCUUUCUCUUAACUGCUUUUACAAUACACUUAAACAUCUGUGGGCAAUGCCUGCUGAAAUUCCAUUAACCAGAGGAGUGGCUGGAUCAGAUUGGUAGGAUUUUUUAAUGGGCCCCAGGAACGUUUGCAUGAUUUAGGCAGUGCACAAAACUUGCUUGGCGCAAUUUUAAAUCUGUUAGUGCAUGCAGUGCACAGACCUGAGCGUGUCCCCAAAAAUGUUGUGUAUGGAACUGGGGGCCGGAGAGGGAAUGAUCUGUAUUUGAUCCUGAAGGAUGUGAUGUGUUUCUAGAUCUCAGAUUCUUUAAGUGAGCUGGAGGCCCUGAUGGACAGAAUGAAAAGGCUGCAGGAGGAGAAGGAGGACGAGGAGGCCUCUCAGGAGGAAAUGGAUACUCGCUUUGAAAAGGAAAAGACUGAGAGCCUCCUGGUUGUCACUGAAGGUACUGCUCCUUUUCAUUUUAGUUGCUUUCGUUUAAUCCAGUUUUCAGAGGUUUUGCUGAAGAGCAAAAAACCCAACCAAACCAAGUUAAAUAAAAACAGCUGAAAAGGAAAACAAGCAUUCCACUUUCUGAUGUUUGAUUGGAGCCAAGUUAUACAUGCAGAGGAAUCCAUUUUCUAUGGAAUACGGCUAUAUGCCACGCUAGGUCAGAGGCUGCCUGUUUCAUAGUAUCAAAGAAUUGUAGCGUCGGAAGGGAUCCCGUGGAUUAUCUAGUAGUCCAACCCCCUGCAAUGCCCAAUGUGGGACUUGAACCCACCACCCUGAGAUUGUAAGAGUCUCAUGCUCUACCAACAGAGCUAUGAUUGCUCCCCUGUUUAAGAACAACAACUUGCCCAUAGAAAAGUAGCUUGACAGCCUCUAGCUUAUCCUUCUUUCUGACAUGUUACUGUUAAAAAACAAAAUAAUCUUGUGGAGAGUUUUGGAACAUUCUUCAGGCUGAUUAACCACCUGUGGCUGAAGCAACACAAUAUCUAGAAGGCUGAUCCACAGGGCCUUCUUCUGUAGGUAAAUAAUCCUUAGGAAAGAGGUUUAUUUGGGACCUUGAGAAGAUUUCAGAGUGGCCUUUACACACUUGACAUGAAUAGCUGAACCAUCUUUGGUGACAUGUAUGCCUGCUUUAACAGCAAUAAUAUUUGCUUUGGAUGCCCCAAGAGCUUAUGGGCAUAUGUGCAUAUAGAAAAUACCUUUUUCUUAUUGCAUUCAUGCUAUAAAUGUUUAGAGAAAGAGAACUUGUCAGAGCUGCAGGCGAAAUGCCCAUAAUUGUUCAGAUGUUAGUGUCUGAAGUAGAAUGGUAGUUUUGACAUCUGGUUCAGGUGGAGUUGACAUUUAUUAGCAGAACAUUUUCUGGAUGGAGAGUUUGGCCUUGAAUUUAACACCUUAGAGCACUUUCUCCAUCACACUUCUGUGCUGUUUGAGUCCCGUGUUUCCAGGUGAGUCCCAGUUCAACCCAACAUGGGGCCAGUUGAGUGAUGCAUUAAAAUGCUAUAGCCAUAGAGGAAGGGGGCAAUCUUGGGAAAACCAAAAAGGUUGGCGGGCAACUGUCGAAGACCAAAAUGGCACAUCAGCUCCAGACAAUCUUAUGUUGGAGCCAAUCCAGGCACACAUGAUGCUUGAAGAGUUAAUUUAAAGAUACCGCAAAAGAUUUUAGAUUUCGAAAGUGACUAGUGGCUAACACAGCCUAAGAAACUCAGUUAGAAAGUGGUCCGUUUUUUAUUUUGUGAACUAAAAAUCUCCUUGUGCCUCUUAGAAUAGAAGAGUUCAAAAGCAAGCAAGGAACUUUAAGGUGGAAAUUAUUUCACCCCUGACAGUCAGCAUCUAAUAGCCUAGUCAUUAAAAGAAGCAGAAGCAGGCAUGGACCUCCUUUCUGCAUUAGUUCAAAACAGAUUGCAGGAACCAGGAAACAAAGGAUAAGCCUAGGCUCAAUAGCUCAUUUUCCCCCCAACUGCACUGAGGACCUAUUUGUAUGGUUGCCAAGCUGAUUUCUUCCCACACAGAUUUAUGUUUUGAUUGGCUAAUGAGCCAGAAGGAGGAUAAAGGCAGCCUUGUGAUUCUUGGAUCAACUGAUUCCCUCUCCCCCCCCCCCCCCGUAGUGAUUUUUCUAGCGGUAGACACAGGGCGCUUUCCCCACCCAGGCUCAUUAGGGCUCCUGAAAGUGAGCCAAGCUGGACCAUCAAGGUCAACUGCAGUAACUUUGCAGCAGUCAGCUCUCCGGAAGUGUGAUUAAUGUGCUGAAGCCGCUUGGCAGACAGGAGGCAACGAGGUGGAGAACAUCUCUGGAUGGGAGCAAUUGGCCUUCCUUAGUACUGGUGUUGCUGAAGUUCUUCCAUGGUGCUUGGUUACAUAGCCAUAAAUCAACUUGCUGAACCCUUCCGCUCUAGCCAAAUGGCUCUAAUUUAAAGGGUUGAGUCGCCUGGAUUUCUUUUUUCAGUGCAUCUGAUAUCCCACAGUACAUGAGGCCAGGGUGGUUCAUGAUUGUCCCUUACUGAUUCAACAGGGCUAACAAUGAUUACUGCCAGACAUGCUCAGGCUGUGGCUUCUCUUGUCAUGUGCAUGGCUGGCAAUCUUGAAUUGGCGUCAUGAGAAAGGACCUCUGUCCUUCUACAGGGGCUUUUCCCCUUCUAAAAGUGAGCCCCAGGGCUUAGGCGAACACCCCACUACGAUACACAACCAUUGCUGUGAUUUGAGGCUUAUGUGUGUAUAUGCCUGUUCAAGUAGCCUCUGUUUAGUUGGUCCCUAUCCACCCCCUUUUCUGGACUUAGGUCUGUUUUAUUAAUUAAAUGUAUAUUCCAGCUUUCCUCCAAGGAGCUCAAGCUUGCAUUAAUUUCUCCCUCCCUCCCUAAUUUAUUCUUGCAACGACCCUGUGAGAUAGAUUAGACUUAGACACUGUGACUCGCCCAAAGUCACCCAUUGAGCUUUAUAUCUGAGUGAGGAUUUGAACCCUGAUCUCCGAGGUCCUUUCUAUUCAUCGAGGAGCAGGGCUUCCUUGCCCAGGCAUUGUGUGCAUAAGGUCCUAUUCAACUCUAAGGUUCUGUGUGCAGUGUGGGAGAGCUCAAGACCCCCAAGCCUUGUUCCCAGACCCCCAAGCCUUGUUCCCAUACCAUUGCAUGUAUAUACUGCACAGUGUUCCUACUAACUAAGUGUAAUAUUUAUGAUCACCUGGUUCUUAUAUUUGACUCCUCUGUUAGAGCAAUUUUAAAACAGUGUCUCUUAGAAUAAUAGAAUUUUUGAGUUGGAAGGGACCCCAAGGGUCAUCUAGUCCAACCUCCUGCAAUUCAGGAAUUUUGCCCACAGCCAUCCCCGGGUGGGCUAGAACCACCAGCCUUCAGGUUGAUAGCCAGCCGAACUGACCCAUUGCGCCACAGGAGGGCUUUUCCAUUCUUGAUUACUUUGAACAUCUCUCCAGUCUGUUUCCUAUUGGCUCCUUUGCAUUGCCUCAGGGUUAGUUAGUUAGUUAGUUUAGUUAUUAAUCUCACUCCUCAGAUGUCUCAACACGAUGUACAGAAUGCAAUGAAAAUGCCAAAAAAAGAGAAAGUUUAAAACAACAUAGCACGAUAGGUUUAAAAGCAAUACAAAGUAGACACUCAUGGCAGAAGCCACCUAGCUGGGAAAACUUAUUGGAAUAAAAAUGUCUUUGAUUGUUUCCAGAAGAUGAAGCAAGUGGGUGUCUAUCGUGGUUCUACAGAAAUGUUAUUGCUCAGAACAGGGACAGCCACACUAUCCAAUUCCGGUCCUAUUCAUAGUAGACCUAUUGACAUUAAUGCACAUAAGUUAGUCAUAUUAAUUUCAACGAGUGAGUAGGACUAGCAUUGGAUUCAGCCCUCAGCCUCUAUUAUGUGUAUUCAGUGGGGAACAAAUCUUCAGCGGUCUCUGUUGUUGUUGUUUUGCCUGGCACUGACCUUUAAAAAGUCAAGCGGCUAACCCAAAUCAGAGCCAUUGCUUUACUUCCGUAUGUAGAAAUAGUGCCAGGAGAAAUAAAAUGGAAUGCCACUCCAGAGAAUACUUCCCAUUAAGCACCUUAUUUUUUAUUUUUAAACGACAAGAUUUAUAUACUGCUUAAUUGACAAAAGAAACUUCUAAGUGGUUUACACCGUGGAGGAGGAAUGAGAAGAGUACACUUAAUUGGCUUCAAUAUUUUCCUUUGCCAGCAUUUGACGAUGAAAUAGUUUCCACAGCCGACGUUUCGCGCUACGUUGAAGAUCCUGGCUUUGGGUACAAAGACUUUGCCAGGCGGGGUGAGGAGCAUCUUCCAACUUUCCGAGCCCAGGUGCGUUUAACAUGGUGUAGCUUACGUUUGUAACCCUCUGAAAAACCAGGUGGUUUAUUGCAUGAGGUCAGAAUGCAAAGUUUCCAGAUAGCACACUCACUACGCAGCGGCUCAGAUCUAGAGAUAAUUGAAUUUAAGGAAGUUCGUGGGACUUCUUCCCACCUGCAGCCAUGCAUGUCCCCCCAAAAGCCUCAGGGGCAUGGGGACAUUCGCUGAACAAUGUGGAAUGGGGCAUGGGGGGCUGCUGAGGGAGUGGAGAAUUCACCCCAAAUUAGGCAGAUAUCCACCCAGUUUGGUGCCACCCAUGAUCUGAUUGAGUUCAGUUAACUAAAUAUCACCUUGGAAGCUUCAGAAGUCCCUGGCUGUCUUGCGAUGCCUUGUUAACGGUGCAAUCUGACUUGGAAAAACAUAAGAGCCUUUCCCCAAAUUACCCUGAUUUGAUUUGUAAUUCAAGGUACACUCAAAGCCAGUGCACACCCCUAUUAUCCACGUGGGUUUAAUGUUCACUCUUAAUAUUCCUGUCAGUUACCACAGCUGAAAAGUCAUUUUCCAAAAUUAAGCUGCUCAAAACUUCCACGCAAUGGUCGGUGCAACAUAAAGUUGAUUCAAGACAGGCGUUCAUGACUCGCUGUUCUUUCAGUAGAGAAUAAACAAGUACAUCAGUUGGGUAUUCCCAAAAUCACAACAAGUUUGCUUAUCUCAGAGCAAGAAAGAGAAGGUUUUGCAUUUGAAUUGAAAAGUUAUUGAUUCUUAAAAAGAAAUAAAUUGGUUUUCAUAUUCUAAUAUAACUUCAUUGUGUCAAUUAUUAUUACGUAUAAAUUUGCACUUACAGUUUAUAUACAUUCUGAUGAUACACAGUUCCUACUUAAUUUGGUUUCUUCUCUUGAUAAUGCUUCACCUCCGAUCAGAGGUAUGCAUUUGGAUACAGGUGCAUAAUCAGACUAAAUUGGGACCCCCUUGCCCAAUGCAUUUCACACAAGGGCACACAACAAAUUGUGACCUCCCCUGUUUUCCUUCAGCAGUAGAACGGCAUCGUGUGUCUUCAAAACCAUUCUGCAGUACUGUUCAAACAUGCCAUGUACAAAUUGGUAGUCUUCGUGCUUUUCUGCAGGACUAUACCUGGGAAAACCAUGGAUUCUCCCUUGUGAACAGGCUUUAUUCCGACAUUGGGCAUCUCCUGGAUGAGAAGUUCCGAAUGGUCUAUAGCCUCACGUACAACACUAUGGCCACGCAUGAAGAUGUUGACACAACCAUGUUAAGAAGAGCUUUAUUUAAUUAUGUUCACUGUAUGUUUGGAAUCAGGUAUGUCACCAACUGAUCUGGCUAAAUAAGUGCACUUCUGGAGGUAUUCUGUGAUUGGGGUGCUGCUUCAGGUUCAGAAUGCAGCUAUGGCUUAUAUUAAAGAGGCUUGCAUGUCCUUGGUUAUAGGAAUGAAGUUGGGGGCUAGGAUUGGACCAGUGGUUGCAUUUUGCUUAGCGCAGGCCUAAGCAUUCACAAUAGCAUGUUUCAAGUGGAAGGGAGAAAGAGUGGAUAAAAGGGUAAAAUCAUUUGUCUUCCCUCCACCCUGUAAGGUGUUUGCAGUAUUUAUCAGCAUAAAUACAGGGACAACAUGGGUGAUGUUGGGGUGGGCGAAGUAUUCUUAAACCAAGCAGAACAGUAAAUUUAGACACACUCGUGCAACAUGUGUUCUGGAAUCAAAGACCCUCGAGUGAUUUCUCUAGGGUGCAUAUAAAAAUCUGUUAACCAGUUAUUUGGAAAUUAAUUGAACAGUAAUCCUCUGAGUUCCCCUUAGCUGUUCAAAAUGACUUCCAGGAAGCCAAAGGGCUGUGCAAUCCAUUUCCACCAUAGAAAUGUGUGUGUGUUCAGGAUGGGAGUCAUGGUUGUCAUCACCUGAAGCCCGUCAAAUGUACAAUGUGAAUUGGGCCCCAAGAAUCUACAAGGGUGUAAAUUAUAUUCAAAUCAAUUAAGCACAUUAUUCUUUGUGGCCUCUGUGCAGUUCCAAACGUGGGUUCUGCCGGCUACUGGAAGAGCUGUACAAGUCAUCCACCUGUCUUGCCCUCCUUCCUUUUGCAAAUCUAGUUGAAUAAUACCAGCCUGGCUUUAGGAGACUUAUCAUCUGAUCUUCAGGCAGAUUUACCCCAGCAUAUGCUUUUUAAAAACAAUUGUGCAGUAGAAAGGUGUUCUUUUUAAAGAUGUGCAUGCUCAGAAAAGAGAGAUUCAGGCCGGCUUAAUCUUGCUUAGGUAUGAUGACUACGAUUAUGGAGAAGUUAAUCAGUUACUUGAACGGAGCCUGAAGGUUUACAUUAAGACAGUGACCUGCUACCCAGAGCGAACUACCAAGCGCAUGUACGAUAGCUACUGGCGCCAGUUCAAGCACUCGGAGAAGGUGAGUGUCUCAUUGAUGGAUGCAUGAACCAGUGUCUAUGUGUAAACAGGGGAAAUGGCAUUGUUAAGAAGGGAAGCUUCCAUAGCCAUUAAUCCAAAGUUCAUAUUGCGUUAAUGUGAAGUUCUGCACUGCACAGCCACCAAGAGCGAAACACACAUCACACUACUAUGAAACACCCUGGAAAAAUGAACACACUGAAUUCUGUUGAAUGCUCACACACACCCACACACCCACAUGACAAGGUAGUACAAAAGAUCAUCUCUGCAAUGGCUUGUUCACAUGUGCAAGUCACUGCUGGAUGCUGCAGUCUGACGAGUGGCAAACCCGUUUAUCACAAUCUCAACUCAGGAACGAUAAAGCUGAAAGAAAUAUAAAUGCCCUUCGGUCAACCUCAUGGUGAGCUACGGCAUUUAUGUAUUUUUAAAAGAUGCCAUCAUCAUCUUUUGUUUGAAUCUUUCCUGCAGGUCCACGUGAACCUUCUCCUAAUGGAAGCGCGCAUGCAGGCGGAACUCCUUUACGCCCUUCGUGCCAUUACGCGCCACUUGACCUGA